UAAAUAGUAAAGACCAACACUUCCUGUUGUUUGUGGCAACGUGGGGCAUGAAUUUGUAAUACUUAGAAAUUACAAUUAUUGUACAUUAGUGUUAUGAGUGGAAAGUAUUUUUGACAGCCUCGACAAUGCAGAUAUCCAGUGUGAAUGAUGUGAAGAUUUAUAAUUUAAGCUAUGGAAAGUCUCUUCCAGAGGUAAGACAAGUUUGCCUUAAUAGCUAGCUAACAAGCUAACUUACAAUACAAAUAAUGUAGUUAGCUAGCUACUGCUAAUAUAUGUUACUUUGAUCAUCGAUUGAUAACCUAUUAAAUUGCCCUAGUCAAGUCAUUUUUUUAUUAGCUAUUGCUCUCAGUCUUGAAGCAAAGGCAUGCCAAGCAACGAACGUUAGCCAGCCAGCUAGCUACAUCCAUGGCCAUUAAGCAUGGAGGUUUAUAUUGCUGUGAAAUUGGGUAUGAGCUCACAAAGUAAACUAUGAACUAUGUCAAAUGAAAUCAAAUGUUAUUGGUCACAUACACGUGUUUAGCAGAUGUUAUUGCGGGUGUAGUGAAAUGCUUGUGCUUCUAGCUCCGACAGUGCAGUAAUAUCAAACAAUUUCACAACAUAUACCCAAUACACAAAUCACAAAAAGUAAGGAAUGAAUUAAGAAUAUAUACAUAUAUGGACGAGCGAUGUCAUAGCGGCAUGGACUAAGAUACAGUAGAAUAGUAUAGAAUACAGUAUAUACAUAUGAGAUGAGUAAUGCAAGAUAUGGAAACAUUAUUAAAGUGACUAACAUACCGUAGAAUAGUAUAGAAUACAGUAUAUACAUAUGAGAUGAGUAAUGCAAGAUAUGUAAACAUUAUUAAAGUGGCUAGUGUUCCAUUUCUUAAAGUGGCCAGUGAUUUCUAGUCUAUGUUUAUAGGCAGCAGCCUCUAAUGUGCUAGUGAUGGCUGUUUAACAGUCUGAUGGCCUUGAGAUAUAAGCUGUUUUUCAGUCUCUCGGUCCUAGCUUUGAUGCACCUGUACUGACCUCGCCUUCUGGAUGAUAGCGGGGUGAACAGGCAGUGGCUCGGGUGGUUGAUGUCCUUGAUUAUCUUUUUGGCCUUCCUGUGACAUUGGGUGCUGUAGGUGUCCUGGAGGGUGGGUAGUUUGCCCCUGGUAAUGUGUUGGGCAGACCGCACCACCCUCUGGAGAGCCUUGCGGUUGCGGGCGGUGCAGUUGCCGUACCAGGCGGUGAUACAGCCCAACAGGAUGCUCUCAAUUGUGCAUCUGUAAAAUUUUAUGAGGGUUGUGGAUGCCUAGCCAAAUUUCUUUAGCCUCCUGAGGUUGAAGAGGCUCUGUUGCGCCUUCUUCACCACACUGUCUGUGUGGGUUGUCCAUUUCAGUUUGUCAGUGAUGGGUACGCCAAGGAACUUGAAGUUUUCCACCUUCUCCACUGCAGGUCCCGUCGAUGUGGAUAGGGGGGUGCACCAUCUGCUGUUUCCUGAAGUCCACGAUCAUGUCCUUUGUUUUGUAGCUUGUCAUAAUAACCAGAGUAUGUGAUAACACACGUCUCUAUUUUUUUCCCAGUGGCUCUCAGAUCGGAAGAAAAGGGCAUUGCAAAAUAAAGAUGUUGGUGAGUAUUCAUUUUACUAAUGUCAAUGUCUUACAGGUGUUUGUGUGCUGGCCAAGUUGUCAGACUGUACAUUUUCCUGUGUUUUUCUCAGACAUCCAACGCAGGAUCGAGCUCAUCCAGGACUUUGAGAUGCCCACAGUGUGCACCUCAAUCAAAGUGUCAAGGGAUGGGCAGUUUAUUCUAGCAGCAGGUGAGGAUUUGGCUUGCUGCCACUGUCAGAUGAAAUUUGCCAUAUCAGUAGAGUAGAACAGUCAAUUAUUGUAAGUAAUUGCAGUGUAUUCCACUAGCGCUGGCUUUCGGCUAUGCAGCCGGUUACACACUCAUUUUCAGCUGGGUACUUUUGCCGCUUAAAUUAACUAGGUCAGAAAAAAAGUCAGCCGAGCCCUUUCCGGCUAGAAUGAACGAUAUGCAUCUUCUAGCGAUCUAUUGAUAGGAUAAGCGCCUGUCAGUCACAAAGUGAGAGAUGAAGGGAAACACUGCUGGUUUGACAGUCUGCUGUCUGUCCCGCCUUCCGGUACCUGUGUGUGUUGUGUACGCUGUGGUUGCAGUCAAAUUUCUUUACACGGCAGGAGAGAGCAUGAUCACAGAUAGGACAAUGAGAAAUCUUUGGCAUGAUGCUCCUUCAUCGUCUAUAUGAGCCAAUUUGCACGUCCCAUAUAAUGUGGUAAUAAGGAGUCGAAAUCCACUUAGCUUAUUGUUUUCUGGCACAUUUAUUUAUUUUCUUUUGCGUGUUUCAUAUACAGCCACGAAGUGCUUGUGCAUCGGCUUACUGUGAUUUGAUUGACGAACAGCAAGCUUGACUAGUUUAUAAAUGGUGUUGAACUGACUGAAUAUAGUCAAUCUCAUAUAUCCUUGCCAAUCAUACAACAUAGUUAUAUGUACAUGGUAUCACAUCGGGACAAGUAAACUAAAGAUAUCGUUUGUAUUUUCGAUAUGAAGUCCAUCAGAACUUGCCAGACAGUGACGUUAUGUGAGUGACUCAUCAGUAGCCUACCGAAUCGCGUCGGUUAGAGAGACGUUCACUUGGCUCCCGAUUACCUGGAGAUAAAUUAUGAAAACAUUCCAUGAAGAUGGUGAAUCCUCCUCACUGCAGGAACAAUAUGUAGGCUAGUGGAGCGAUAGUCUCACUCUGUUCCAAAAUAUCAUAAAAGAAAACAGAUUUCAUUGUUUUAAAAGCUAAUGAUACUUAUAUGGUAUUUUCAAAGAUAUUUAUAUAAGUCUACUGAUUUAAUCAAAGUGUAGCAAAGCACAUGAUUAACACCUGCUUCCUUCUUCAAUCAUACCUGUAUUGCAGAUAUCUGUGGGUCAGUUGUUAAACAAGUAUUUUUUUAAACUAAAUUACAUAAUGCAAUUCACAAAGAGUUGCAAACACUUGCUGACAUUUUUUCAAUAAUUUUGCUGAUGUCGUUCUCCCUCUUCUCUUAACACGUAUGGACCCAGAACAUAAUUGAGCAUCUGUUCUGUUUAUUUUAGAGACAUUUUUUAUAUUGAGCCUUUAAUAAAAAAAUUCUAGGUCAUUUGGGCUAUUUACUUUGUUUUUCUGUUUUAAUAAAAUACAUAAUUUGAAGAACAAACAAUUGUGGCAAUUCAUAUCUUGCAGUAAAAUACUUUAAUCUCGAGAAGACAGGUUAAAUGUAAAAAAAUAAUAUUAAAAAAUAAGUGGUUUAAUGUUCUCUUACUUAAAUAGUCCUGAUCAUAUAGGCCUAGACGAUAUCCCAAAAAACGAACAAUACACUGAAUCCAUACAUUUUCAGUAAUUUGAAUUGUAAACACAAUACCACGACACAUUUUUCAUAUCUGGGAGGUAAUAUCAGUAAAGUAUUCAAUAAUUUUCGGAUGGAAUCUGAAUGUACCAGAGGCCACCAAAAUGGAGCUGCAAAUAAUUCUUAACUCCAGCCCGGGGGAUCUUGGCUGGAUAAUUGUUCUAUUUAGCUGGCUAUUCCAUGUGCUUGUGGAAAACACUGUAAUUGCUGUUAUGUAUGGUUUGUCACUUUCUUUUAACAUCCUUUCAGGCACAUACAAACCCAGGAUCCGAUGCUAUGACACGUAUCAGUUGUCCUUGAAAUUUGAGCGGUGUCUGGAUUCGGACGGUAAGUGAUAGACCCAGUAGUUAUAUUGUUACAUAUUCAUAGGGUGAUCAUUCUGCUUCUAUGGUCCGCUGGAACUCUGAUGUGCUAUGGGAAUCCCUGCAAGUAUCCCUCCCACCUUUUGUUGUGAAGUGAAUGGCUGGUCCAUAGGAGGAGGAUCCAGCUGUUUCAGUGAGGGUGUCAGCCAGUCCUGACUCCACUAAUGAAAGCUCACAGGCCUGAACCAGUUACUCUGUCCUUAAUAUUUAACUACGGUGCAUCCAGACACACAUUUUCAAGCAAACACACACCUUGCCUGGGGACCAGUCACUGAAUUUCUAAAUACACUGUCUGGAAUAUGACAGUGUUUGAUUCUGGAAAGGUACCUCUCAGGUCCUCUACAAGCCGUAAUGUUGAAUACAAUUAUAUUUUUUAGAUAAAAUAUCCACAGGAAAGUAUUGUUUACCCAACUUUUUAGAGCACUGGUACUGAAGAUGAAAUUUCUAUCGUCUAGCAAAACCUGCAAGACUUCGCUUGGUAUGCAUGGUUCACGUGUGUGUACUUCCGUCUUGUGCAUGUGCCUUUGGUCAUGAGCUAAACACAUCUUGACUGCCACACACAUAGACCUGCAUUUUGAAGUCGAUGUAAUUUGUCAAACAUUUCCCCAUGUUUUGUGACUAGCACACACCCAACAUACACAAUUGCCAUAAUGUGAUGGUCACCAAUAAAUAAACCCUUUGCAUUGUACAACAUUCUUUACCAGUAGAUAUAAUUUUUUCUUGUAGCUAGUUCUGAAAGUGUGUUUUUCCCCUCACAGUUGUAGCCUUUGACAUUCUGUCCGAUGACUACUCAAAGGUAAGACAGACUUACCUACCUUGGUUGUUUCCUGCAGUGGGUGUUAUCUAAACUUGAUUGACCUGAUAUGGUUGUGUUUGUGUAGCUGGUGUUUCUGCACUGUAACCGGUACGUGGAGUUCCACUCGCAGCAUGGACACUACUACAAGACACGCAUUCCCAAGUUUGGUAGGGACUUUGCCUACCACUACCCCUCCUGCGACCUCUACUUUGUUGGGGCAAGGUAAGGGUUAAAAGCCAAAGGAGGUGGAUCAUUCACUGUCUUGAUUUCAUAUGUAUCAUUAGACUUGGCUUUAACUUGACAAGUUGAAGUUGUGUUACUGUUGACUUCACACAGUAAGACUGAAACCUUUUUCCUCUUUCAGCUCAGAGAUAUUCAGACUCAAUCUGGAACAAGGCAGGUUCCUCAACUCCCUUCAGACAGAUGCUGUGUAUGUAUACAUCAAAAAUACUUUAUUUAUGAAGGCAGCUGUGGCCGAUUCCACACCAGCAUGGCCCAGAAAUAUUUUUGGUAUCACUGAUUGUUCUGGCAAUUCCCACAUAACUUCAUUGGGAGGAAGGAUGUUUAACAUGUUAUUUAGUUUUUGAAAAUCAUUAUGAAAGUGGCAAUUUUAGGCCCUUUUUAAACCUAUAGAUGCCUCCUAUAAUACCCUAUGAUCCAUGAACCGUACAUGAUACAUACAACAUCUUGGUGUCAUUAUACUCCUUAUUGUGUGGAGUAUGUUUAUGGAGUAUUUCUAUAUUCUGAAAUACACGUUUUCACAAUAAUUUAUUCAACAUAAAACAAUAUGAAAAAGUAUGUUUUUGAUUUGGCUUAUUUUUAGACAUAUUGUUUGGAACAAUAUACUCUUCAAACACAUCACAUUUCCUGAGUGGGCUCUCUGCUACUUUUGAAGAAAUUAUCAAUUUUAUAGAUUGGUUAAUUACAUUUUACAUUUAAGUCAUUUAACAGACACCUGUAAAGUCAAUUUCUAUCAAUAACAUUUAUAAUUUCUUCAAAAGCAGCAGAGAGCCCACUCUGGAAAUGUGAUGUACAGUACUUGAAUGAGUGUAUAUUGUUUAAAACAAUAUGUCUUUAAAAAUAAACAAAAUCAAAAGGGGUACUUUUGAGAUAUUAAAGGUGCUACACAUAGUAUUUAUUUAGAAUUUUUGCAUUGUAAUUUCAGAAAAUGUCCAUAAUAUAUCUGCAGUAAUAGUGGAAUGAUAGUGUUUCACUGUAUUACUUACACAGUGUUAUGAUUGGCUGUGAUAUUCGCCUAUUGAUUUCUCCUGCCAGGCCGGCUUCUGUUGUCAAAAUGGGAAAGCUGUUUUGACUUUGUGGGUGUGUGUUUCACUAGAUAAAUGUAGAAAUCGUUGUCAUUUCCUGGUUGCUAAAGAUCUACACAGUUCGCUCAAUUUCAGUUUGUGAGAAAAAAAGAACUGAAUAGUGUAGGGAAUCAUUGUACCAUCUAAAUCACUGUGAAAUAUAUUUUCAAUAACAAAUUAUAUAUUUUUUUACAGCUGUUUAAAACUGGUGGAUGAAACCGAAAGUAAAAACUGAAGCGCGAGUCUCCACUGUGUUACAGUGAAAUGGGUGCAGGGAAGGGGGAUAUUUGUUUUGAAUGCAGCCAGUGUUCUUGCAAUUCACCUAGACUUCUGUAACCGUAAAAGCCUUGGUUUCUUGCAUGUUAACAUCAGAAGCCUCCUCCCCAAGUUUGAGUUAUUCACUGCGUUAGCACACUGCCAACCCUGAUAUUCUAGCAGUGUCUGAAUCCUGGCUUAGGAAGGCCACCAAAAAUUCUGAAAUGUCCAUCCCGAACUACAACAUUUUCCGUCUAGAUAGAACUGCCAAAGGGGGCGGAGUUGCAAUCUACUGUAGAGAUAGAGCUUUGCAGGCUAUCAUACUAUCCAGGUCUGGGCCCAAACAGUUUGAGGUUCUACUUCAAAAAAUCCACCUCUCCAGAAAUAAGUCUCUCACUGUUGCCGCUUGGUACAGACCCCCCUCAGCCCCCAGUUGUGCCCUGGACACCAUAUGUGAAUUGCUUGCCCCCCAUCUAUCCUCAGAGUUCGUACUGCUUAGUGACCUAAACUGGGAUAUGCUUAACACCCCGGCCGUCCUACAAUCUAAACUAGAUGCCCUCAAUCUCACACAAAUUAUCAAGGAACCUACCAGGUACAAACCUAAAUCCGUAAACAUGGGCACCCUCAUAGAUAUCAUCCUGACUAAUUUACCCUCUAAAUACACCUUUGCUGUCUUCAACCAGGAUCUCAGUGAUCACUGCCUCAUUGCCUGCGUCCGUAAUGGGUCCGCGGUCAAACAACCACCCCUCAUCACUGUCAAACGCUCACCCCUCAUCACUGUCAAACGCUCCCUAAAACUUCAGCGAGCAUGCCUUUCUAAUUGACCUGCCCCGGCUUUCCUGAAUGGAUAUUGACCUCAUUCCGUCAGUAGAGGAUGCCUGGAUGUUCUUCAAAAGUGCUUUCCUCUCCAUCUUAAAUAAGCAUGCCCCAUUCAAAAAAUUCAGAACUAAGAACAGAUAUAGCCCCUGGUUCACCCCAGACUUGACUGCCCUUGACCAGCACAAAAACAUCCUGUGGCGUACUGCAUUAGCAUCGAACAGCCCCCGCGAUAUGCAACUUUUCAGGGAAGUCAGGAAACAAUAUACACAAUCAGUUAGGAAAGCAAAGGCUAGCUUUUUCAAACAGAAAUGUGCAUCCUGUAGCACUAAUUCCAAAAAGUUUUGGGACACUGUAAAGUCCAUGGAGAAUAAAAGCACCUCCUCCCAGCUACCCACUGCACUGAGGCUAGGAAACACUGUCACCACCGAUAAAUCUACGAUAAUCGAGAAUUUCAAUAAGCAUUUUGCUACGGCUGGCCAUGCUUUCCACCUGGCUACCCCUGCCCCGGCCACCAGCUCUGCACCCUCCACUGCAACUUGCCCAUGCCCCCCCCCCCCCCCCCCCCCCGCUUCUCCUUCACCCAAAUGCAGAUAGCUGAUGUCCUGAAAGAGCUGCAAAAUCUGGACCCCUACAAAUCAGCUGGGCUAGACAAUCUGGACCCUUUCUUUCUAAAAUUAGCCGGCGACAUUGUCGCAACUCCUAUUACUUGCCUGUUCAACCUCCUCUUUCGUAUCGUCUAAGAUCCCCAGAGAUUGGAAAGCUGCCGCGGUCAUCCCCCUCUUCAAAGGGGGUGACACUCUAGAUCCAAACUGUUACAGACCUAUAUCCAUCCUACCCUGCCUUUCGAAAGUAUUUGAAGGCCAAGUUAACAAACAGAUCACCGACCACUUUGAAUCCCACUGUACCUUCUCCGCUAUGCAAUCUGGUUUCCAAGCUGGUCAUGGGUGCACCUCAGCCACGCUCAAGGUCCUAAACAAUAUUAUAACCGCGAUUGAUAAUAGACAGUACUGUGCAGCCGUCUUCAUCGACCUGGCCAAGGCUUUUGACUCUGUCAAUCACCGCAUUCUUAUUGGCAGACUAAAUAGCCUUGGUUUCUCAACUGACUGCCUCGCCUAGUUCACCAACUACUUUUCAGAUAGAGUUCAAUGUGUCAAAUCGGAGGGCCUGUUGUCUGGACCUCUGGCAGUCUCUAUGGGGGGUACCACAGGGUUCAAUUCUCGGGCCAACUCUAUUCUCUGUGUAUAUCAAUGAAGUCGCUCUUGCUGCCGGUGACUCUCAGAUCCACCUCUACGCAGACGACACCAUUUUGUAUACAUCUGGCCCUUCAUUGGACACUGUUUUAUCAAACCUCCAAAUGAGCUUCAAUGCCAUACAACACUCCUUCUGUGGCCUCCAACUGCUCUUAAACACUAGUAAAACUAAAUGCAUGCUCUUCAAUCGAACACUGCUUGCACCCGCCCGCCCGACUAGAAUCACUACUCUCGGCAGGUCUGACUUAGAAUACGUGGACAACUACAAAUACCUAGGUGUCUGGUUAGACCGUAAACUCUCCUUCCAGACUCACAUUAAGCAUCUCCAAUCCAAAGUUAAAUCUAGAAUCGGCUUCCUGUUUCGCAACAAAGCCUCCUUCACUCAUGCUGCUAAACAUGCCCUCGUAAAACUGACUAUCCUACCGAUCCUUGAUUUCGGCGAUGUCAUUUACAAAAUAGCUUCCAACACUCAACUCAGCAAAUUGGAUGUAGUCUAUCACAGUGCCAUCCGUUUUGUCAUCAAAGCCCCAUAUACUACCCACCAUUGUGACCUGUACGUUCUCGUUGGCUGGCCCUCACUACAUAUUCGUCGCCAAACCCACUGCCUCCAGGUCAUCUAUAAAUCACUGCUAAGCAAAUCCCCGCCUUAUCUUAGCUCAUUGGUCACCAUAGCAACACCCACCCGUAGUAUGCGCUCCAGCAGGUAUAUCUCACUGGUCAUCCCCAAAGCCAACACCUCCUUUGGCCGCCAUUCCUUCCAGUUCUCUGCUGCAAAUGACUGGAACGAACUACAAAAAUCUCUGAAGCUGGAGACGCUUAUCUCCCUCAUUAACUUUAAGCAUCAGUUGUCAGAGCAGCUUACCGAUCACUGUACCUGUACACAGCCCAUCUGUAAUUAGCCCACCCAACUACCUCAUCCCCAUAUUGUUAUUUACAUUGUUAUUUAUUUUGCUCAUUUGCAUCCCGGUAUCUCUAUUUGCACAUCAUCUUCUGCACAUAUAUCACUCCAGUGUUAAUACUAAAUUGUAAUUAUUUUGCACUAUGGCCUAUUUAUUGCCUUACCUCCAGAACUUACUACAUUUGCACACACUGUAUAUAGAUUUUCUAUUUUCUAUUGUGUUAUUGACUGUACGUUUUUGUUUAUUCCAUAUGUAACUCUGUGUUGUUGUUUUUAUCGCACUGCUUUGCUUUAUCUUGGCCAGGUCGCAGUUGUAAAUGAGAACUUGUUCUCAACUGGCUUACCUGGUUAAAUAAAGGUUAAAAAAAAAACGUUUUAAAAAUCCACAUAGGGGAGAAAUUCUAUGUUUAGUACCUUUUAAUAGUUAAUAAUUCAUGUGUAAAAUUGUAUUUCAGAAUGUAGGGAUACUCCAUAUUUUAGAGGACACUAUUAUGAGUAUAAUGACAAUAAGGUGUUGUCUGUAUCAUGUACGUUUCACAGAUCAUUGGGUCUUACAGGGGGCAUCUAUAGGUCUAAAACGGGCCUAAAUUGGCAACUUUCAUCAUGAUCUUAAAAAAAUAAUUUCUUCCAAAUAAGUUUAUAUGUGAGAGUUGCCAGAACAAUCCGAGAUACCAAAAAUAUUUUUGGCCCAUGCUGACACAGAAUCGCCCUGUACAUUACAUUACAAUACAGUAAACACAGUCAUUAAAAUACUUGUCAUUUCUCUGACUGACAGGGAGCACAAUGUGUGUGACAUCAACCCUGUCCAUCAACUGUUCGCCUCAGGAACAGCAGAGGUGGGUGGAGCCUAUGUGCAUGUAAAGAGUGAAUGGAUUGAGUCCUGUGUGUGUGUAACCAUGUUUCCUGUGUUGUUGGUGGCUAGGGGAAAGUGGAGUGCUGGGACCCUCGUGUACGAAGUCGGGUGGGGAUGCUAGACUGUGCACUGAGCAGCGUCACAGAGGGAACAGAGUAAGUACAACACUAGAACAUGAACAGUUACAUGUAUGUAGAAAAACGCCAUUGUUCAAAUCCAUGAUCUGGAUGUGUUUGUCUUUAGAGUGGAGGGCUUGCCAUCAGUCACCGCCCUCAAGUUUAACGGCUCUCUCACCAUGGCUGUGGGAACGAGCACUGGGCAGGUAUGAACUUUUACAACGAAGGUGUCUUUUGUGUCCUAAUAGCUGGGAUACUGCAGAAAACUGCCUAAAUGUUCCCCUCCCCACAAGUUUCCCCAUUGAGAUCUGUCUGCCUGGUACUGUAGGUGCUACUCUAUGACCUGCGCUCCAGCCGCCCCCUGCUGGUAAAAGACCAUUACUACGGCCUGCCUAUCAAGUCUGUCAACUUCCAGGACCACCUAGACCUUGUUCUGACUGCAGACUCCAAGAUCAUCAAGAUCUGGAACAAAGACACGGUAAACAUUUAAUGAAUGUUGAAAAUAUAUUUGAUUAAUGUUUUUUGAAAACCAGACAUUAACCAGGUUUCCGUCCAACUUUUGUUAUACGUGUAAAGUACAUGUCGGAUAAAAAAUGUCAUGACAGGCCUGAUGGAAACAGCAAAUUUGUCGGUAAACUUUCCAAAUGUCGUCAAAACUAAACAUGCUAGACAAGGUGUGAUCUUUUUGUGUCUAUAAAAUUAAAAUGGAACUGACAUUGUUUUAGCAACAUGAAAUCUUAUAAAAAUCUGUUCAUAUACACACCCAGGAAGAACAUGACACCUUUUUUUGACAUUUUCUGACAAUGUUUGGGAAUGCUGUAUAGUAAGGCAUUUGUGAAAAUUAUAUAGCCAUAGCCAAUCCAAGCUACAGAAGGCCUAUAUACAAAUAAGCCAUUUGCCACACGGGCCUGCCAUCAUUCACUUUGAACUGGACUGUGUGUUUACAGGCAGUAGCAACAGCGCAACUUUAGAUCAUUUGAAUGCAUUCGCCAAAAGCCACAAAAUACACCUGAAUGGAUUUCUUAUGUAAAUACCACGGGAGUCCUCUUACAUUUGGGAACUUCACAGUCCUAUUGAUCUAACAACCAUGAAAAGGUAGGCUAUCUCUCCCUCAGUUGCCUAUGCACAUCAACAACAACAAGAUCAACAACUACUGCUAGCCAGAGCGAGAGAACCAAAAAUCUAAUGAGGGAACAUUAGAUAAACCCUCUCAAACUCUUUAAGCUAGUUGGCUGUCAAAAUUGCACUGAAACGAUGGGGAAUAGUAGCCUGCUCAUCCUUCUGCAGCUUGCCUGCCAAUGCAAGUUCCCACUGAAUGGGAACUUGCCUGCCUGCCCGCCCAUUUGAUCGAAGCCAAAUACAUUUGAUUGACAUCUAAGAGAUAUACUAACUGUGGAUAACAGUCGUUCAAGUUAAGCAUAGCAAAGCGAUUCACAUUUCUUGCUAGCUAACCAAAUGACACCUGUAUCUCUAGCUGUAGCCACCAAAAAAACGAUAUAAGGGGAAAAAAAGUUGGUCACUCACCCACUCCUCCAAUGACAUGACAUCCUCCCAGCAGCUAGCUAACGUUAGGCUCUGUGUUUUUAGCUUGCUAAAUAAAUAGCUAGCUACAUAAAUAGAUACGCUAGCCCAGGGGUGUCAAACUCAAUUGGCGCAUGGGCAAUAUUGAAAAAUCACAAAGAAUUCGCGGGCCAGACAUAGCCUAUUUGUUUUUACAAAACAUACGUGCAACUGCGACCCAGACUGGCCAUUGUUUAAUAUGGCCCUUUAUAAUGCCCACUUAUGUACGUAGGAUGCUGUAUAUAGCACUUUAACAUAUUAGAACAAAAGAAGAGAUAAAUAAUAUUUGUCCAGCCUUUGCUGCUAUGCUUGCAGAUGUGCAUAAUAUGCUGCAACCCUAAUCAAUAGGAAUUUAGUAACUCCAAAUAACAAAAAUGUAGCUAUAGGUUUGUUGUAACAUUUAAACUUAAAACAUGUUUUUCAUUUUUUUGCUGUGGACUCAUUUAUACUUGCUUGUGUGUCCUAUUCGGCCCGUUAUGACUGACUUGUGAUCAUUGCCCUUGCUAGUUUAAUUGUAAAGACAUUCCCAGCCUUAGUUACAGUCGUCCGUUUUUGUUCAAUGUAUUGAGUCAUUGAAACUGAAACAGUGCAUCCCGAAUGGGUGGAGGCAGCAAACAAUGUACCAGGCCAGCUGUGAUUUACAACCCAAUAGCAAUAUUUUUUGGACUACCAAGAAAUGGGUUGGUGAAUUAUAUUAAUCAUGCAUUGAAAUGCGUCCAUCUAUUCUGCCAACAAUGCCUUACUGUAUGUCAUGUAAUUUUGAGUCAAAUAGAACCUAUUUUAAAACCUAUUAUGAAUUUGUUUUGAAGCAUAAACUGGGAAUUUGAUCUUUUUUACUGAUAUUAUGAUCUGUUUGUUUUUCAUAUCCACAAAGUAGUUAAAAUGAUUUUGCUGCGAAGAGACAGAAUCAUUAGAUCAUUUGUUUUGGUACUGUCCAUUUGUAGCUUGUUUUUGGACACAGGUCCAGGAAUGGCUAAAGGAUUGCAAUAUUUACCUGGAGCUAACCUUGCAGAUAGCAUUACUGGGUGAUCUGAAAAGUCAUUGUCAAUCGAUCAAUAAUAUAAUAAUACUUUUAGCAAAAAUGUUUAUUUUCAAUUCACAGUCUGUAGAAACUUUUUUCAAAUCAUCAUGAGUUGCAUCAUGCAGCCUUACAAUGUAUUAAAAAUCAAAACAUAUAUCCCAACUUUUGGAGAACAACUAAAGUUACAUUAAUUAAGCAUAUAGGAGUACCUAUUUCUUUGUUAACUGCUCAUCACAGAAUAGCCGCAUGUGCGCACUCCCUCAAAUAAUUUGGCGAAAAUAUCCUUUCUAUUUUAUUCAGCUUUGUGCAAUUGUAUUCUUCAUACAAUAAAAUAAUAUAAAAUAAUGCCACGGAAUUCUAAGCAAAUCUUGUCUGCUAAAUGAACUAGUGUAGCCCACAGCCAUAUGGCAUAGCCAGAUCAGGACCUAACAUAAGGACAACUCAGAGUAUACUAUUCUGUUCUUCUGAAAUAGACAACAUUUUCUUCAUAUCAUGCUUCUUUAGACCUCUCUAAAAUAAAUAAUGAAUUUAUUUUGAAGGUGUAGGCUAUAUUACAUGGAUUUAUUAGACUUUUUAAAAUGUAGAUGUUCCAAAGGUCAGCAUCAGUGGCUUGUAGGCUAUGCGUGGAAGCCAGGAGAUGCUAAAUGUGUUUAUGGUAAUUAACGGUCAAUUACCGUGAGACCGACAGUUAUUUGCUUGACAAUCACCGGCUGACGAAAGUUCGUGACCCCCUCAGCCCUAGUUGCACCCCCUGCUUUUGCUGUCAGAACAGCCUUAAUUCGUCGGGGGAUGGAUUCUACAAGGUGUUGAAAGCGUUUCACAGGGAUGCUUGCCCAUGUUGACUCAAGUGCUUCCCACAGUUGUGUCAAGUUGGCUGGAUGUCCUUUGGGUGGUGGACCAUUCUUGAAACACACGGGAAACUGUUGAGCGUGAAAAUCCCAGCAGCGUUGCAGUUCUUGACACAAAGUGGUGUGCCUGGUACCUACUACCAUACCCAAUUCAAAGGCACUUACAUAUUUUUGUCUUGCCCAUUCACCCUCUGAAUGGCACACAUACACAAUCCAUGUCUCUAUUGUCGUAAGGCUUAAAAAUCCUUCUUUAACCUGUCUCCACCCCUUCAUCUACGCUGAUUGAAGUGGAUUUACAGUGCCUUCAGAAAGUAUUUACAACCCUUGAUUUUUUUCCCACAUUUUGUUGUUACAGCCUGAAUUAAAAAUUGAUUAAAUUUAGAUUUUGUGCCACUGGCCUACACACAAUACCCCAUAAUGUCAAAGUGGAAUUAUGUUUUUAGACAUUCCUGCUCAACAAGUCACAUAAUAAGUUGCAUGGACUCACUCUGUGUGCAAUAAUAGUGUUUAACAUGAUUUUUGAAUGACUACCUCUGUACCCGACACAUACAAUUAUCUGUAAGGACCCUCAGUCAAGCAGUGAAUUUCAAACACAGAUUCAACCACAAAGACCAGGGAGGUUUUCCAAUGCCUCUUAAAGAAGGGCACCUUUUGGUAGAUGGGUUAAAAAACAAAACAAAAAAAAUAUUGAAUAUCCCUUUGAGCAUGGUGAAGUUGUUAAUUACACUUUUGAUGGUAUAUCAAUACACCCAGUCACUACAAGGAUACAGGCGUCCUUCCUAACUCAGUUGCUGGAGAGGAAGGAAACCGCUCAGGGAUUUCACCAUGAGGCCAAUUGUGACUUUAAUGUAGUUUAAUGGCUGUGAUAAGAGAACUGAGGAUGGAUCAACAACAUUGUAAUUACUCCACAAUACUAACCUAAAUGACAGAGUGAAAAGAAGGAAGCAUGUACAGAAUAAAAAUAUUCCAAAACAUGCAUCCUGUUUGCAAUAAGGCACUAAAUGUCCUGAAAGCGUUGUUUGGCGCAAAUCCAACACAAUACAUCACUGAGUACCACUUCAUAUUUUCAAGCAUGGUGUUGGCUGCAUCAUGUUAUGGGUAUGCUUGUCGUCGGCAAGGACUAGGCAGUUUUUUAGGAUAAAAAUAAACAGGAAUAGAGCUAAGCUCUGGCCAAAUCCUAGAGGAAAACCUGGUUCAGUCUGCUUUCCAACAGACACUGGGAGACAAAUUCCCAUUUCAGCAGGACAAUAACCUAAAACACAAGACCAAAUAUACACUGGAGUUGCUUACCAAGUCGACAUUGAAUGUUCCUGAGUGGCCUAUUUACAGUUUUGACUUAAAUCGGCUUGAAAAUCUAUGGCAAGACCUGAAAAUGGCUGUCUAGCAAUGAUCAACAACCAACUUGACAGAGCUUGAAGAAUUUUUUAAAAGAAUAAUGUGCAAAUAUUGUUCAAUCCAGAAAGACUCACAGCUGUAAUCACUGCCAAAGGUGAUUCUAACAUGUAUUGACUCAGGGGUGUGAAUACAUAUGUAUUGUGUGUAGAUGGGUGAGAUGGGUAUUUAAUCCAUUUUGAAUUUGGGUGCUAACACAACAAUGUGGAUUAAGUCAAGGGCUAUGAAUACUUUCUGAAGGCAGUGUAUUUGAACCAGAAUAUUUUCUGUAAUUUAUUUUACUACUGUUGGAGACAGACAUGGUGCUGUAUCAGGAUUCAACGUGAAUUGGGAGAAAACUGAAAUAAUACCCAUUUCUAAUUGUGACUUCUCAAGCUUAGAAAGUACAUUUUAAGUGGAAACGGACAAAGACAAAUAUGGAAUACCUGGGUGUACUGAUACCAUGCAAUCUGGAGGAGGCAUAUAAAAUAUAUUAUUUUCCUUUAAUAGAUAAGAUUGAAUCCCAUGUUCAGAGAUGGAGAUCCCUCCCUAUUUCUAUGUUGGGUAUGGUCAACAUAAUCAAAAUGAAUAUAUUACAAAUGUUGAUUUAUUCCAGGCCCUGCCAGUUUCAGUUCCAUCCAACUUUUAAAGUAAAAUAAAUGGCCUGCUUUCCAACUUUAUUUGGAAUGGAAAGACCUGAAGAGUCAAAUUAACUGUUUUACACUUACCCUAUAAAGCUGGAGGUAUUGGACUACCUCAUAUGAAGAUGUAUUACUGGGCUGCACAACUGUGUUCACUUUAACAAUGUACAGCAGACUAUCCUUGUGCAUAGAGAAGUAUUGAAGGCAUAAAUGUAAUACCUUAUGAUCUAAAAUAUUUUCACUACUUCGGUUCCAAGGCAUUGUAGAAAAAAAAUAGGCAAUCCAAUGAUUCUCAAUUCCAUUCGUAUUUGGGAAAAUGUACAUAAAUUCAUGAGGUGGAAAUGACCAAUAUCGACAGGCACCCCUAUUUGGAAUAACCCAGUGUUUAAUGACAACACCUUCAAGUCCUGGUUCCAAAGUGGCAUCCAUGAAUUUUGAACGUGUACUAUACUGAACAAAAAUAUAUACUGAACAAAACUGUAAACGCAAAACAAUUUUUACGAUUUUACUGAGUUAGAGUUCAUAUAAGGAAAUCAAUCAAUUGAAAUAAAUUCAUUAGGCACUAAUCUAUGAAUUUCACAUGACUGGGAAUAUAGAUAUGCAUCUGUUGGUCACAGAUACCUUAAAAACAAGUAGGCGUGGAUCAGAAAACCAGUCAGUAUCUGGUGUGACCACCAUUUGCCUCAUGCAGCGCGAAACACAUCUCCUUCGUAUAGAGUUGAUCAGGCUGUUGAUUGUGGUCUGUGGAAUGUUGUCCCACUCCUCUUCAAUGGGUGUGCGGAGUUGCUGGAUAUUAGUGGGAACUGGAACACGCUGUCGUACACGUCGAUCCAGAGCAUCCCAAACAUGCUCAAUGGGUGACAUGUCUGUUGAGUAUGCAGGCCAGAACUGGGACAUUUUCAGCUUCUAGGAAUUGUGUACAGACCCUUGCGUCAUGGGGCCGUGCAUUAUCAUGCUGAAACAUGAGGUGAUGGCGGCGGAUGAAUGGCACGACAAUGGGCCUCAGGAUCUCGUCACGGUGUCUCUGUGCAUUCAAAUUGCAAUUGAUAAAAUGCAAUUGUGUUCAUUGUCUGUAGCUUAUACCUUCCUAUACCAUAACCCCACACCACCAUGGGGCGCUUUGUUCACAACGUUGACAUCAGCAAACCGCACGCCCACACGACCCAAUACACAUGGUCUGCGGUUGUGAGGCCGGUUGGAUGUACUGCCAAAUUCUCUAAAACAACGUUGAAGGCGGCUUAUGGUAGAGAAAUUAACAUUAAAUUCUCUGGCAACAGCUCUGUUGGACAUUCCUGCAGACAGCAUGCCAAUUGCACAAUCCCUCAACUUGAGACAUCUGUGGCAUUUAGUUGUGUGACAAAACUGCACAUUUUAGAGUGUCCUUUUAUUGUCCACAGCACAAGAUGCACCUGUGUAAUUAUCAUGCUGUUUAAUCAGCUUCUUGAUAUGCCACACCUGUCAGGUGGAUGGAUUAUCUUGGCAAUGGAGAAAUGCUCACUAACAGGGAUUAAAUACACAUUUGUGCACAACAUUUGAGGGAAAUAAGCUUUUUGUGAGUAUUGAACAUUCUGGGAUCUUUUAUUUCAGCUCUUGAAACAUGGGACCAACGCUUUACAUGUUGCGUUUAUAUUUUUGUUCAGUAUAUGAUGGAUCUCUACUGUCGUUCAGUCAAUUACAAGAAAGAUUUGGAUUAUCCAAGACUGAUUUCGUUCCAUUUUUACAACUCAGAAAUCUUCAACAGAAUCUGGAUGAACCUAAGGCAUCUAGCAUAGACAAAAAUACUGAAAGAAGCUGAUACGCUAAAUAAGUUAAUUGCCAAGUAAUACCCAGGAUGGUUAAAACUCUACCUGAUGGUUCAGAACCUAUAAGGUUCCUUCUGUCCAAAGGAAGAAGUUGAGGAGAACCAUCGGUCACAGAUAUGUGAAAACGUUCAUACAUGCUCCUACAACAAGACAUUAACUAAUGCAAUUUAACAUAAUUCAUAGGACUUACUACACUCCUGCCAGAAUGCAUGUAAUGCACCCAGAAAUGUCACAUCUCUGUUGAGAUGCAAAAAAACACAUAUUGAAUAUGCUGUUGUCCUGUGAUACAUUAUCCCAAAAUGGUGUCAAUUUAUGUACUAUCAUUUCAUUGUGUCUAGGAAUUUAUAUCCAUCAUUACAUUUUAGUCAUUUAGCAGAUGCUCUUAUCCAGAGCGACUUACAGUUAGUGAGUGCAUACAUUUUAAUUUUUUUUCAUCUCCAAGAUUGUCUGUUGGAAAUGUAAAUAUUGGUGAUCAAUAUCAAAUAAAGUUUUUUUUAAUCUAGAUCUAAUUGCUGGAGAGAAAUAUAUAGCCGUCAAUUGGAAAGACUCAUAUUCACCCUCAAUAACAAACUGUAGGACUGAACUAUCUAGCUACAUACUGUUGGAUUUUGUAUAUUAUAAUAUUAAAUACAAAACUGAAGUGUUUGAAAUUUGGAGACAAUAUGUUGAUCACCUUGGGUAAUGUGUUUGUAUAGUGGCCGUUUUAUGUUUUUGUGUUGUGGAAAAACAAUUAUCUUUUUUUUUUUAUUAUACGAAUAUUUGCAUGAAAAUCUGUCAGCAAUUGGAUGGAAACCUAGCUAUUGUGCCCCAAUUUGACAGAAGUGACAUUUGAAAAUGUUUAUUUAGGAUGUUCCAAAAACAGCGAAGAUGAUUUAUGCAGAUUUAGAACAUUGUCAACUCCACUAUUCCAAACUAAGUGUUUGCAUUUUUUGGAAACGCCUUUGCAUUUUUUAUGGUAAAAAUGUCAUAGUGUCAUUAUUGAUGAAAGUGAGACCACUAACUAACUAUCACAGUGCUAGAACAUAUAUUCUAACCGUACCUUUGGUCUGUUUCACCCCAGGGGAAAGUGUUCUCCUCCAUUGAGCCCCAGACGAACAUCAACGACGUGUGCAUCUAUCCUGGUUCUGGUGAGAAUCACCUCAGAAAGACUGUUCCAUUCUAUGAGCAAUGAGCCAGAUACACUAAACAUUGCGUCUGUACCAAGUUUAACUUGGAGAUGUUGGCCUACAGGCACUCUUAUGUGCUUGGUAGUAAUUUACCAGUAUGCUCAACUACCACUAGAUGGUACCAAGUGACCUCAUCAACAAGACCUAACCACUUCUGCACCAGGGAUAUGCUUCUGUAUGAGAUGGCUUCGACUUUGCUUUUGAAAUAAGAUUGCCACUCUAUCCACUGACAGCUUCUCUACCAGCAAUUAUGCCUAAUUACAGCAAUCUUUAAUGAGCACUUGAGUUAAACUGUUUAAGACGCUCAUUCAGGAUGUAAUCGCUGUAAUUUCACGUAAUUAGCAAAUCCCCAGAACCAUUUAUAUGGAUGAUUUGUCAUCAAAUGAAGAUGAAGAUGGGAGCAAGCCAGGCAUUUGUCAGUAAUGGUUACAUAAUGGUUACACACAUCUUAACAUUUAAAAAUCCAGCAAGGUUUUUUGGUUAUUUUGCUGUUUCCUAUUUGACUCUGUGUAGUCUACUGCCUGCAUACCUACUAUAGUCACCCUAUGCUUAUAUGGGCUAUACUUUCUGCAUGUUCAUGCAGUUAGGCUUGUAACUAGAGUCAAACAAAACCAGCAGACAAUGAGCCUUUUUGUACAGUUCCACAUAACCUUAGUUUAUUACCUUGCUAAUUUUAAUAUGGGGAAAAAAUCUGGUUGUUUCGUUAGCUCAUCUCACUCAUUCACAUCUUCUCCGUUUUCUCUCCUCCUAACUUCACAGGUAUGCUCUUCACUGCCAAUGAAGACCCCAAGAUGAAUACAUUCUAUAUCCCUGUGAGUUCUACCACCCUUACACUCCCUCAGGCCUAUUUGACAGUUUGGUUUUACUGCUAGUUUUACAUGCCUCAGUGUGCCGCAUGUUUGGUUUGAAAGGGACAUUUUCCAUGAGAUAGAUUUUACGCCAGGGUGUGAAUUGAAACCAAACCGACCAAGGCAGUAUAGAGAAGGCACGAAAGGACGAUCUCUGUUUUGAGGUCUUGAGUGUUUAGACUUUUGUUCAGUUUAGUUUUUACAGCAUCCCCAUUUGGCUGGUGUUUUAUGGCCCGCAAAAAAAGACUAAAGGGCAUUAUUCGUAGAAAACCGCCCACUGGGUUUUACCCAGAAAGUGCCCUUGUUGGGUUGUGAAUGUUCUUCAGCAACAGGUGGUCUUGUACCUACCCCUAUACCAGCUUUUCAGUUCUAGGAAAAGUGUUUGUACAUUGUAAAAAAAAAAACUACAAAAAACUUGUGUACACUUUAAAUUAGUCUCUUUAAGAAGUUUGUGUGUGUGUACGGUAAAGUAGUCUCUAUUUAGGAAGUUGGUGAGUGUCUACGGUAAAGUAGUCUCUAUUUAGGAAGGUGAUGUGGUAACCCUGACACACAACUAGUUUCUAUAAGUACUGUCAUUAGUUUCUAUAAGUAUUCAUCAACCACUGAUUAGAUCACUGUGUUGGUGAGCUACAGAAAACAAGCUCUUAAAUAGUGUGUGUUUGGGCCAACAGAGAGCUAAUACUGAACUUAGGAAAUAUUGCGUUCAUCUGUUAACAGCAAACGCAUUCUAUUUUUGGUUAUUGGAGUUUUGAAAUACUUCUGCAGAAAAUGAAGGUCGAUAUCAAACAUUCACAUAGCAGUGCUCAAACUGCCCUGAAUAAAUAGCUACAUUUUUUACUCAGGUAUGCUAUGAACAUCAAUGGUAACGUCAAAUAUAACACAAAGUUGUCAACUUGUUUGGUUUACUCAUCUAAUCUAUCAUUCAUGAAUUUGAGGCAGGCGUGUGAUUCCAGUUCCAGAGAGCUCCUUUCUCCCAGUUUUUUUAACUGGUGGGCAAAGAUCUCCAACGCAUGCCUCCCAAGCUGCCCUACAGUACAGUAGGGCAAAGUUUUGAAGUUAACAUUAGCCAUUUGCUCCUCAAUGAUUACACUGAGGAAGGUGACAUUACGUAGACUUUGAACUCUGAUUUGAUAGAACAGAAGUCUUACGAUAAUGGGAUGAUUUCAAUCUGAUAAGAUUCAUUCAAUCCUUGUCGACUCGUCCUCAGAGCCCUGAGAGGAUUGGAUAGGUGCAAGCAACAUGGCAGAAACUACACCUAGCCAGCUGGAAUGUUGCCAACACCUACUUUCCUUACCAGCCCUCAAGCGCAGUGAAAAGGGAGAAUGUAUUGAAUUAGAAUUCUUCAAAUGUGGGCCUCCCGAGUGGCACAGCGGUCUAAGGCACUGCAGUGCUUGAGGCGUCACUACAGAUCCGGGGUUCGAUCCCGGGCUGUGUUGCAGCCGGCCUGACCGGGAGACCCAUGAGGCGACGCACAAUUGGCCCAGCGUCGUCCAGGUUAGGGGAGGGUUUGGCAGGCCGGGAUGUCCUUGUCCCAUCGCGCUCUAGCGACUCCUGUGGCGGGCCGGGCGCAUUGACCUUCACCUCUCCCGAGUCCGUACGGGAGUAGCAGCGAUGGGACAAGAUUGUAACUACCAAUUGGAUAUCACGGAAUUGGGGAGAAAAAAGGGGUAAAAAGUACAAAAAUUAAUGUUUCUUGUUCUUCAAAUGUUUCUUGUUCUUCAUUCCUUGUCCUUCCUUCACUCUAUCCCUUGUUCUUUUAUCUCCUUCCUCCCCUUCAUGUUGUCCCUGUGUAGGCACUGGGGCCUGCUCCUCGCUGGUGCUCUUUCCUGGACAACCUGACAGAGGAGCUGGAGGAGAGCCCUGAUAGUACCGUCUACGAUGACUACAAGUUUGUCACCCGCAAGGACCUGGAGAACCUGGGUGAGAUUAGGGCUGUUAUGGUGACCGUAUUACAGCCACAUCGGCGGUCAAGAGUCAUGAGGGCAGUCAAAUUCCACGUGACCGUUUAGUCACGGUAAUUAGGCUUCUCCAAGCUCUGAUGCUGCUUAUGGUCAUUAGUAGCCUACCAAACUUGCUAACUGCCUGGUACUCAGCACUCUAUUGUCCCUCUAAUCACUCUGACAUCAAUGCAAAUGAAUUUCGAACAGCUAAUCAAACACUUAAUGAGAGCCUAUGAGCUCAUGUUUACAUUUACAUUUUACAUUUUCGUCAUUUAGCAGACGCUCUUAUCCAGAGCGACUUACAAAUUGGUGCAUUCACCUUAUGAUAGCCAGUGGGACAACCACUUUACAAUAUAUCAACAAAAAAAUGUUUGUGGGGUAGGGGGAGGGUAGAAGGAUUACUUUUAUCCUAUCCCAGGUAUUCCUUAAAGAGGUGGGGUUUCAAGUGUCUCCGGAAGGUGGUGAGUGACUCCGCUGUCCUGGCGUCGUGAGGGAGCUUGUUCCACCAUUGGGGUGCCAGAGCAGCGAACAGUUUUGACUGGGCUGAGCGGGAACUGUGCUUCCGCAGAGGUAGGGGGGCCAGCAGGCCAGAGGUGGAUGAACGCAAUGCCCUCGUUUGGGUGUAGGGACUGAUCAGAGCCUGAAGGUACGGAGGUGCCGUUCCCCUCACAGCUCCGUAGGCAAGCACCAUGGUCUUGUAGAAGAUGCAGGCUUCAACUGGAAGCCAGUGGAGUGUGCGGAGGAGUGGGGUGACGUGAGAGAACCUGGGAAGGUUCAACACCAGACGGGCUGCAGCGUUCUGGAUGAGUUGUAGGGGUUUAAUGGCACAGGCAGGGAGCCCAGCCAACAGCGAGUUGCAGUAAUCCAGACGGGAGAUGACAAGUGCCUGGAUUAGGACCUGUACCGCUUUCUGUGUAAGGUAGGGUCGUACUCUGCGAAUGUUGUAGAGCAUGAACCUACAUGGUCGGGUCACUGCUUUGAUGUUAGCGGAGAACGACAGGGUGUUGUCCAGGGUCACGCCAAGGUUCUUUGCACUCUGGGAGGAGGACACAACGGAGUUGUCAACCAUGAUGGCGAGAUCAUGGAGCGGGCAGUCCUUCCCCGGGAGGAAGAGCAGCUCCGUCUUGCCGAGGUUCAGCUUGAGGUGGUGAUCCGUCAUCCACACUGAUAUGUUUGCCAGUCAUGCAGAGAUGCGAUUCGCCACCUGGUUAUCAGAAGGGGGAAAGGAGAAGAUUAAUGUUGAGCAACGUUUCUAUAGGCUAUGCAAUUGCGUGAGAAAACAGAGUGAUGGCCUCUACUGAAAAGAGGAGGAUCAGCCUUCUAUAGGCUAGGCCUACUAUAUUUAUUUCUGAACUUUCCUAAUAUUAAGCACAUUGUUUCUCAUUACAGCAUGAGUAUAGCCUACCUGGCUGGCAUGAAAAUGAACCACGGGAAACGCGUCCUCCAUUCGCUAUUUAAGUGCAUAGAUAAUUUUUUCCCCCUGCCCCUGUUUCGGGACUGGUGCAUGACAAUGGUCCAUUCUAAAUCAAACAUUUUUUCACACACAUUAUUUAGUAUAUGUAUAGACAAGAUUACAUCAAGAAUAGUCUGAAGGAUGACAAUAUUAGCCUAUCACUGGUGAAUGAUAUAUUAUCACUUGUGAAUGAUGCCCAGCUUGUGUGCAGUAAGGCCAGAAACAGUGCAUGCCUUUUUCCCCCGACUUUAUCAAAUCAUAAUCGUACACCUCAUAUAGCCCAUAGGCCUAAAUGUUUUGAUAAUACGGUAUGUAUCACAACUAAAGUGGCCAAAUAACUUCUUAAAAUGAAGCACUUGAAUCUGCUUUACAACGGGUGUAGAGCCUAACUGGCAUACAAACUCAAAAUCGUGAGUUUCAAGUUUGGGGAAGAUAAUUUUCACCAUAAAAAUGCAUCUUUAUAAUAAAAGCAUUAUAUGCUAAUCGCAUUUGCGGUCAGUUUUGAGAAUGGUGUUUUCCUUCUAAUUGACUGCAUUUUGGAACAUUCGCACUUAUAGCCUACUGCCAUGUGUGGAUUGCUGCGCUUAUAAUGUGAAGAAAUAGCCUAAUAGUUUAUCAACAUUUUAAGCUUAAACGUUCUGAUCUGUUGCAUCAGCCUCAUUGCUUUUAAAAGGUUUUUUGAUGCUAGUGGUUGUAUUAAUUUGGGAUCUAUCGCAUCCCACAACUGUACCAGACUGUUUGUAUAUUUAUUUCUUGCACAGAAUAGAAUAGGCCAACUUUUGUACUAUGGGGGAUAGUAGAUUGACAUAAGCUAGUGCUUUUGCAGUUCGUUAGGCCUACUCCUCUUGUUGGCUGACGAAAAGUAAAUGUGGACAGUUCUUCCAACAUCUUCAAUAUGCGCCUCGGAAUGCGAUAAGGACGGGGGCAGUUGCUUCCCCGAUGUGUCUGUCUUCACUUGUAGCCUGUGAGAAGGACCCGAUCACGUGAUGGGCAUUGGCUAAUAACAAUUGAGAUACAGUGCAUUCGGGCCCCUUCCCCUUUUCCACAUUUUGUUUUGUUAUAGCCUUAUUCUAAAAUGGAUUACAUUGUUUUCCCCCCAUCAUCAAUCUACACACAAUACCCCAUAAUGACGAAGCAAAAACAGGUUUUUAGAAAUUGUUGCAAAUUUAUAAAAAUACAAAAACUGAAAUAUCACAUUUACAUAAGUAUUCAUACCCUUUACUCAGUACUUUGUUGAAGCACCUUUGGCAGUGAUUACAGCCUCGAGUCUUCUUGGGUAUGACGCUACAAGCUUGGCACACCUGUAUUUGGGGAGUUUCUCCCAUUCUUCUCUGCAGAUCCUCUCAAGCUCUGUUAGGUUGGAUGGGGAGUGUCGCUGCACAGCUAUUUUCAGGUCUCUCCAGAGAUGUUUGAUCGGGUUCAAGUCCGGGCUCUGGCUGGGCCACUCAAGGACAUUCAGAGACUUGUCCCGAAGCCACUCCUGCGUUGUCUUGGCUGUGUGCCUUCGCCCCAGUCUGAGGUCCUGAGCGCUCUGGAGCAGGUUUUCAUCAAGGAUCUCUCUGUACUUUGCUCUGUUCAUCUUUCCCUCAAUCCUGACUAGUCUCCCAGUCCCUGCCGCUGAAAAACAUCCCCACAGCACGAUGCUGCCACCACCAUGCUUCACUGUAGGGAUGGUUCCAGGUUUCCUCCAGACGUGACGCUUGGCAUUCAGGCCAAAGAGUUCAAUCUUGGUUUCAUCAGACCAGACAAUCUUGUUUAUCAUGGUCUGAGAGUCCUUUAGGUGCCUUUGGCAAACUCCAAGCAGGCUGUCAUGUGCCUUUUACUGAGGAGUGGCUUCCGUCUGGCCACUUUACCAUAAAGGCCUGAUUGGUGUAGUGCUGCAGAGAUUGUUGUCCUUCUGGAAGGUUCUCCCAUCUCCACAGAGAACUCUGGAGCUCUGUCAGAGUGACCAUUGGGUUCUUGGUCACCACAGGUGGACUCCAAUGAAGUUGUAGAAACAUCUAAAGGAUGAUCAAUGGAAACAGGAUGCACCUGAGCUCAAUUUCGAGUCUCAUAGCAAAGGGUCUGAAUACUUAUGUAAAUAAGGUAUUUCUGUUUUUAUUGUUAAUACAUUUGCAAAAAUCAUCAUUAGUCGCAUCAUGCAUCCUUAGAAUGUAUUAAAAAUCUAAACAAAUAGCCUAACAUUUGUAUCACAACUGAAGUUGCAUAAAUAACUCUAAAUUAAGCAUGUAGGAGGACCUGUUUCUUUGUUAACCGCUCAACACAGAAUGGCUGCAUGUGCACACUCCCUCAUCGUUUGGAGAAAAUAUCCUUUCUAUUUUAUUCAGCUAUGUUCAAUUGUGUUCUUCAUACGAUAAAAUAGUAUAAAAUAAUGCCACGGAAUUCUAAGCAAAUCUUGUCUGCUAAAUGAACUAGUGUAGCCCACAGCCAUAUGGCAUAGCCAGAUCAGGGCCUAACAUAAGGUCAUCUCAGAGUAUGCUAUUCUGUUCUUCUGAAAUAAACUACAUUUUCUUUAUAUCGUGUAUCUUUAGACCUGUCUAAAAUAAAUAAUCGAUUUAUUGUGAUGGUGUAGGCUAUAUUACAUGGAUUAAUUAGACUUUUUUAAAUGUAGAUGUUCCAAAGGUCUGCAUCAGUGGCGUGUAGGCUAUGCGUGGAAGCUAGGAGAUACUAAAUGUGUUUAUGUUAAUUAAUGGUAAAUUACAGUGAGACCGGCAGUUAUUUGCUUGACAAUCACCCACUGACAAAAUGUCAUGACCGCCACAGCCCUAGGUGAGAGGGGGGUGGAGGUGGAGCUAUUGGCAUAUUACCUAUCAGCUGUUACCUAUUUGUUCCUCUAAGAUCUACAGGAAUACAAGUGCCUAUUGAAUUGAGGAUUCUAGUUAUUUUAGGCCUACAGUUCCUAGGGAAACUUCCAGGGCUGUCUACACUACACUUGCCAUUCAGUGGAGACCAUUUUUGAAUUUAGGCAAGUUGAGGCAAUAUAACGGCCAGGCUUACCAGUCCCACCUAAAAAUGAACGGUAGGGGAAACGCUGACGGAAUGGAGAGAGAAAUGUAGAGAUGGAAGAAGGGAUAGUGAGAGAUGAAGGGGUGGCGAACAGAACGGUUGAAAGAACAGAGGAAUGCUUGGGUUAGCACUAAAGAGAUCAAAUGACGAGGAGAAAGUCGGUUGGUUGGGGAGGAAUAAAAGGAGAGAGGGAGGGUGAGAGCGAGAGGGGUGGAGUAGAUGAGGGAGAAAGGGGGAAGAAGGACUAAGGGGAAGGGGAGUUCAGUUCACUGCAGCUGUGUAAUGUAACAGACAGGCAGCCGGGCGGAUAGUGAGAUUUUUUGGGGAAGGGGGUUUCUAUCUUUUUACCUCUCACACACACAGUCCUUGCCAGGGUUGGAGAGUAACUGAUUACAUGUAAUCUGAUUACAAAAAAACUAACUAUAAUCCGUUACGUUACCGGCAAAAAUAUUGUAAUUAGAUUAGACACUUUUGAAAAACAAGAUUAUUACUUCUUGGAUUACUUUGAAAUGCUUUCUGAAUGACAUUCAAUUUAGCAUUGAAAAUAGGAGCAAGCUUAAGUUUGUUCCACCUGAGCAAAUCUGACCACAAGUUUGAUGGAUCCUUUUUGUCUUCUAAUGCCUCAUAAAAGGAAAGCAAUCCAAAAGUAACGGAAAUUAAUCAGAUUACGUUACUGAGUUUGGGUAAUCCAAAAGAUACGUUACUGAUUACAAUUUUGGGCAGGUAACUAGUAACUGUAACGGAUUACACUUACAAAGUAACCUACCCAACCCUGGUCCUUGCGUGCCACAACUCCCACACAUUCCUGAACUAAAGUGGUCUUACAGGGAACUAAGCAGAGACUAAAAAGCCUCAUGGCAGUCUCUAACUCCACUUCAUUCAGAGCUUAAAGAAUGGUGGCUGGAGACUGAUGUUACAAAACUUUAUCUAAAUGCUCUCAAAAGGCGUCUUGCCAAAUAGCUGAAAGGUCAAUGUUAGCCGAAUCUAACAAAAAUGAAACAAGCUAUCACUACAGUCCUGUUGAAAGACAUUCACUUUGACAAAACUGUUUUUCUUCAGCAUUUUAUCCAAAUACAUAGUUGGGUUGCAUGCAAUUGAUUAUGAAAAUCUGUAAUAUGAAGUAAAAGCUUAAUGAUCGUAAGUAUAGGCCUACCCUAUGUUCCCUACUGUCCUGAACGUGUCAGUUUAAAUGUGAAUAACCAGCCUGUUGAAAGAAGCAGAUGUCUGCAGAUAUGUAUAGUCUUAUGUAAUUUUCUUUCAGCACAUUCCAAUAGGCUGCUUCUCAGAGUUAAAGGGAUAGUUCACCCAAAUUACAAAAUUAUAUUGGUUUCCUUACCCUGGAAGCCAGUGGUAUUCAAAGUCAGGGUCAGUGGGGUCGGCAAAUUUAAAUAAAACUUUAUUUUUGGGGGGUGGGGGAACCAAAAAUGAAAUAGUACAGAUUAUUUUAUGGGACAAUAUACAAACGUUUUUGACAAAAAUACAAUUUUAUUGAGUACAUUUAUUUAUUGGUUCUCUUAAUUUUGAUAAGAGAUGAAAAUGUAAUGAAUUGAAGGUAAUUUGUUGAUGUGAAAAUCAACAUUUACAACAACAUUAGGUUUGUGGUGGGGUGGGGUCGACAAUUUCUGACAAAAAAAAUGGGGUCCCCGCUGAAAAAGGUUUAAUACCACUCUUGGAAGCAGUCUAUGGACAAGGUGUGACAGCAAUCCAUGCUUUGGUUUAUUUUCCCUGGCACUGUUCCCAGUCACAAAUCCCAUUCAAGUCAUGGUACCGAUAUUAGCAUUUUUUGCGCAUCAUGUUCAAAUCAUCUAUAAGUGAUGUCUUUGAGCUUCACAAUCAAUUUUAGAUACUUUUGGAUGAUUUGGACAUGAUGCGUGAAAAAUGCUAAUAUCGGUACCAUGACUUGAAUGGGGCUUGUGCCACAACUGCUAAAAUGUUAGCAUUUGGAAACGGUGCCAGGGAAAUAAAAACAAAGGAACUCCCCACACCUGGUUGUCUAGGGCUUAAUUGAAAGGAAAAAACAAAACCUGCAGACACUAGGCCCUCCAUGGAAUUAGUUUUAACACCCCUUGCUUACAGGGUAAGAAAACCAAUGUGUUAUUUGGGUGAACUAUCCCUUUUAAUUAAUAAGCCUUACUGUGCUUGGCAAUGCACAUCACCAAUUUGAAAGAUCACAAAUCUUUUAAUGAGUUUCAGGUGACGUGGCCUGCCUCAGGGAAGUUGAAUAUAGAGAUACUGUAUGUAAAAUAUAUAGAUCAACAAUCAUUAUACAAAUGUAACAUUUAGCUGUUCACUCAUGUUAAGCAAAUAUGUACAUUUCAUGUACAUAUCAUCUAUAAUGUUGUGUUCAACCAUAGGUCUGUCUCACCUGGUGGGAUCUGCUCUCCUGCGGGCCUACAUGCAUGGCUUCUUCAUGGACAUCAGACUGUACCACAAGGUAGGUUGUGUGUGUGUGUCUAACUGCAUAUUCUUAGUUGAUUGUCGAUGUUACAGAGUUAUGUGUUUAAAUACCUUUUGUGUGACUUGUCCAGGUGAAGACCAUGGCCAAUCCGUUUGCCUAUGAGGAGUACCGCAAGGACAAGAUUCGCCAGAAGAUAGACGAGUCCAGGGCCCAGAGAGUACAAAUCAAGGUGGGAUAACAUACUCUGUCUGACUGUUAAAAACAUACAUUCAGACAGACUGGACAUGGUGAUACAGAUGAUGUUUUCUAAGAAGUAUAUAUAGCUAAUAUAUUGUGUGUUGUGUUGUAUGAAUGUUCUGUGUUGCUGAGACAGAAGCUGCCCAAGGUGAACAAGGAGCUGGCUCUCAAACUGAUGGAGGAGGGAGACGACGAGGCGGAACUGUCUGCCAGAAAGAAGAAGGGCAAGGUAGGAGCACAUGCACCUGCACACACACUCAAAGUUCACAUACUACUGGUCUGGUCUACAAUGGAUGAAGACUUCCGAGCUGUAGGCUGGGUUUAUAUAUUUUUGGUUCUAAGGUAAUCUAGAGGAAACUGGCAUGUAUAUCUCAAAUAAACUCAUCUAGCGAAUGUCAGCUGCCUAAGCUGUUAAUCAAGUCCUUUCUCUCCCUCUGCCAGGCUCUACCCAGCAUCCUUAGCGACGAGCGUUUCCAGGUGAUGUUUGAGAACCCAGACUACCAGGUGGAGGAGCAGAGUGAGGAGUUCCGCCUGCUCAACCCCAUUGUGUCCAAAGUGGGCCAGAAGAGGAGGAAGAAGCUGCAGCUGCUAGCCAAGCAGGCCACAGAUGCCGAAAAGGUAACGAGGCUAGCUAGCUAGCUUUCUACCCCUACUGAGUUUGAGAGAUACGCUUCUGAAUCGUAUACCCAAAAUGGAAUGUGGCUUUCAGUGUGAACAUUCUUUAUACCCAUUCUAAUUCUACAAUGCCACCCCCUGCCUCUUUUUCCUCUGCAGGCGGAGGCAGACCAGGAAAAGGAGGAACCAGAGGGGCGUGGCAGCUCAGACGAGAGUUCUGAUGACGAUAAGAGCUGGGUGGACGAGGUCAGGGAGCAGCGGCGCCUCAUAUAUGAGGAGGGAAGGGACCGCAGGCGGCAGGAGAGGAAGGAGCAGGACCGCAACACCACCCUGCUGGACAAGGACUCCACCCAGAACCAGGCCCAGGGCAGGAAACAGGGUCAGCAGCCCCGCUUCUUCCAGAUCAAGGCUGGUGAGGAGUUCCGCAGCUUUGGGGACGUGGCGCGCAAGCAGAAAUUGCAGAAGUGAGUACAGUUUUUUCCCCCCCAGUGAGCUUCUGGUGAUGUUCUCUAUUCUCUACGAACAACCUCUGAACCAUAACAUUUUGAAUAGAUGCCACAGAGCGUCACAGCACACAAUCCAAAGGAAGCGGGGGGUACUACAGCGAUUGCAUCAAAUGCUAUGUAUUUUCCCAUUGUUUACUGUCAAUCAGCAGAAAUAAUCACCCCUCACAUGGACAUGGCACAUAGAGUAUAUAAUAGGGCUGCACGAUAUGGGCAAAAAAUACAUUUUUAUCAAAUAUUGUGAUUGUGAUUGACGUGGGAUAUAGAUCAAAACACUUAGGUGAACUGUUGGAAUCAUAGAAAUAGAAUGACAUAUUAAAAAGCAAAGUUGAAAACAGCAUCGUUUUUGUUUUGAACAAUCAGUUGACUGCAUUUGACCUAACAAAACCUCAUGCAAACUUAUAGUGAAUCCUUAUAGUGAAUCCUCAAAAAGUUAUACAGCUGCACCAUCGAGAGCAUCCUGACUGGUUGCAAUGGACCACAAGGCGCUACAUAGGGUAGAGCGUACGGCCGAGUACAUCACUGGGGCCAAGUUUCCUGCCAUCCAGGACCUCUAUACCAGGCGGUGCUAGAGGAAGGCCCUAAAAAUUGUGAAACCCAAGUCAUAGACUGUUCCCUCUGCUACCGCACGGCAAGUGGUACUGGAGUGCCAAGUCUAGGUCCAAAAGGCUCCUUAACAGUUUCUACCCCCAAGCCAUAAGACUGCUGAACAGUUAAUCAAAUGGCUACCGGGACUAUUUGCAUUGCCCCCCCCCCCCCCCUUUUUUUUUUUUACACUGGUUCUACUCACUGUUUAUUAUCUAUGCAUAGUCACUUUACCCCUACCAACAUGUAUACUGGACAUACUGCCAAAUUCUCUGAAACGACGUUGGAGGCACCUUAUGGUAGAGAAAUGAACAUUCAAUUUUCUGUCAACAGCUCUGGUGGACAUUCCUGCAGUCAGCAUGCCAAUUGCACACUCCCUCAAAACUUGAGACAUCUGUGGCAUUGUGUUGUGACAACUGCACAUUUUAAAGUGGCCUUUUAUUGUCCCCAGCACAAGGUGCACCUGUGUAAUGAUCAUGCUGUUUAAUCAGCUUCUUGUUAUGACACACCUAUCUUGGCUAACGAGAAAUGCUCACUAACAGAGAUGUAAACACAUUUCUGCACAACAUUUGAGAGAAAUAAGCUUUUUGUGCGUAUGGAACAUUUCUCAGAUGUUUUAUUUCAGCUCAUGAAACAUGGGACCAACACUUUACAUGUUACGUUUAUAUUUUUGUUCAGUGUACAUAUGACCUCAGUUACCUCGACUAACCCGUACCCCCCCACACAUUGACUCGGGUACCCCCACACAUUGACUCGGUACCGGUACCCUGUGUAUAUAGCCUCGUUAUUGUUAUUUUAUUGUUACCUUUUUUACUUUAUUUAUAAAAUAUUUUCUUACUCUGCAUUGUUGUUGGCUUGUAAGUAAGCAUUUCACGGUAAGGUCUACACCUGUUGUAUUCGGCACAUGUGACAUAACAUUUGAUUUGAUCUAACAGCGAGGAGGAACUAUUAAAACGGACGUUACACGCGGCUGAGAUGUUUCAAAAUAUUGCAUGCAUAUGAAUCUCUUGCGAUCUGGAUAUUGCACAUGUCAAUAUUGCGAUUUUGAUGUGAAUUUGAUUAAUUGUGCAGCCCUGGUAUAUAAGUAUUUUUUUUGCAAGUACAACAAUUAGCAGGGAAACGUGUGGGCCUGUGUGACUGUUUCUAAGGUGCCUGACUGUGCUGAGCUCUCUACAGCAGACAAAUGUGUGGCCUGGCCUGAGAGAGGCUGUCACAUCCAUCACUGUAUUGACAGGUGGACACAUGCAGCAGGAAAAAUGAGGACAAGGGUCAAAUAUAGGAAGGGUGUCCCAAGGUUUAACUCCCGUUAUGUAACACACCCUCUACUUGUGCUUCAAACUCAUUAAAAAGCAAUUAUUGAAGUUUAGAGUGAAAGAAGACUAAAUGUUAAAUAAUAGAUCAGCUGUUGUAGUGCACCCUACUCCCAACACUUACAACUGACAACGAAUUCAGGGCAGCAUUUUCUUAUAAUUGUUUUCACAAGUUACAAAAAAGAAAGAAAAAAUAUUGUUUUUAUUUUAAAAGUAACUCCAUUACUUUUACUCUUGAGUACUUUUUAAAUGAGCUACUUUUUACAUAAAAAAAUGUUGUUAAAGUAACAGUACUUCUACUUGAGUAAGAUAUUUCAGUACUCUUUCCAUCCCUUUCUAGGGACUGCAUUUCAUCACCAUUAUAUUGUGUGCAUGCUGGUGAUAGACCUGCCCAUGUGUCCCUAUUGACAUGUUAUGUGUCUACUAUAACAGAGCAUCACUGGAGGAGCGUCUGAAGCUGGAGGAACGUUCUGGAACAGUAAACGUGGCUGACACAGCUGUUGGCAGCAAACAGCUCACCUUCACCCUCAAGAAGGUAUGUCAUGAUGACACCAUUACAUAAUAAGCCACUGAAAGGGACAACAAAUGUGUGAUUUGUGUGCAACAUAUGCUAUCUCCAUGUCUUUUCAAAUGGAGCCCUCUUUUAUCCGAAGUCCUUUUCGCAUUUCUUCUCGCUUUUAGUCCAUUCAGUCAGAAUAAUUCAUGAGGAACAUGACCUUGUGUGUGGGUGACUGUGGGUUGGUAAGGUCAACUUUCCCUUUGACUACUAACUACUGAUCUGGAUUUCUGAUGAUCCUCGGUUCAGUAACAGUAACAAAGAGAGCCUGUCAUUGACAUUUUACAGUGCCUUCAAAAAGUAUUCAUACCCCUUGAGUUAUUCCACAUUUUGUUGUGUUACAGCCUGAAUUCAAAAUGGAUUAAAAUAUUAUUUUUUUCUCACCUAUCUACACACAAUACCCCAUAAUGCAGGGUUUCCCAAACUCGGACCUCAGGACCCCAAGGGGUGCAUGUUUUGGUUUUUGCCCUAGCACUACACAGCUGAUUAAAAUAAUAAACUAAUCAUCCAGCUUUGAUAAUUUGAAUUAGAUGUGUUAACACUUUUUCAUGAUUCCAUGUGUUAUUUCAUAGUUUUGAUGUCUUCACUAUUAUUCUACAAUGUAGAAAAUAGUAAAAAUAAAGAAAAACCCUGGAAUGAAUAGGUGUGUCCAAACUUUUGACUGCUACUGUAUGUAAAUUAGAUAUUUCUGUAUUUCAUUUUCAAGAAAUUUGCAAAAAUGUCUAAAAACAUGUUUUAUUUUCCACUAACCCUACCACCCCUCCCCUAAUUGGAGUAAACUAAUAAACAACAACACUUAGGCUUCCACUUCCAGCUUAUACAUACUAUAUACAUUUUACGGAAACAAUCUAUUUUACAAUAGUUAUCAUUUUGUUGGUUUUUACUCCUGUCCUUCCUCUACCCUCAAACCUCCCAUCUAUUUCUGAUGUCCAUCCAGUUUGAUUUCUAUUUGCCAUUUAUUUUUAACUGUGCUGUUUCACAAAGGUUCUGAACCUAUAUACAUUUUACGGACACAGUAUAUUUUACAUUAGUUAUCUUGUUGUUAUUAGGCCCACCCUUCAGCUCCACUCAACCUCUCCCAUCUAUCUCUUAACACCAUCCAUAUUGGAUUUCUAUUUGCCAUAUAUUUUUCAACUGUGCUGUUUUACAAAACUUAAGAACCUUUCUAUUCUCCUAGUUUCUACAGAUUGUAAAUUAAAGAUAAACAUUUUUACUAAAAGUAUUAUUAUGUUAUUGAUCGAUUGACUAUGACUUUUCAGAUCACCCAGUAGUGCUAUCUGCAGAGUUAGCUCCAGGUAAAUGUUGCAAUUCUUCAGCCAUUCCUGGACCUGCAACCAAAAACAAGCUACAUAUGGACAGUACCAAAACAAAUGAUCUAAUGAUUAUUUCUCUUUGCAGCAAAAUCUGCAGAGCUGGGAUGGUUGUAUCCCCCAUAUAUAAAACAUUCUAUUGGUUGUAAGAAUUUUGUAUAAUAAUUUAAAUUGAAAAAUUAUACGUUUUGAAUCCGGCGUCGUUUUGCGUAUCAGUUCAUAAACCAUGUGCCGUGGAAUCGGUACAUCGAAAAUCUCUUCCCAACUAUUUUGCAAUCUAAAUGGCACAGCUGUCCAUUUUUUGUUCCUUAAAUUAAACUGGUAUACUUUUUUAUUCAUCACAAUUUUCUUUAACCAAUUUUGGUCUUUAAUGCAGAGCUGACAGACAAGUUCCUUACUUUUUCACCCUUCCACUUGCCUCUUCCAUUUUUGCGGUAAUGCUGCUAUUAGUUGGUUGUAAAUUUGGGUAGAGCAGACAUUUCCAUACAUUUCCAUAUAUUUUUAGGUGCCCUACUUUGCAAGGCAUUGGACAACCUCCCUGGUCUUUGAGGUUAAAUCUGUGUUUGAAAUUCACUGCUCGACUGAACGACCCUACAGAUAAUUGUAUGUGUUGGGUACAAAGAUGAGGUAGUCAUUCAAAAAUCAUGUUAAACACUAUUAUUGCACACCGAGUGAGUCCAUGCAACUUAUGUGACUUAAGCACAUUUUUACUCCUGAACUUAUUUAGGCUUGCCACAACAAAGUGGUUGAAUACUUAUUAGCUCAGGACAUUUCAGCUUUUCAUUUUUUAUGAAUUAUUCCACUUUUCCAGUGACACAAUCUAAAUGUAAUCAAUUUUAAAUUCAGUCUGUAACACAACAAAAUGUGGAAAAAGUCAAGGGGUAUGAAUACCUUCUGAAGCUACUGUAUCUCCAUCAGUCUGUGUGUUUUCCCAAACAUACACAUUUACACACAAUACGAAAGUACAGGUUAAGGUUGACACUGCAAUGUAGCCACUGUGUAUAAUCUAUAAUGGUGCCUGCAGAAGAGAACCAAUGUCACAGAAAAUGCCAUGUUUUGAUCAUGGCCAUCUUUUUGACUUUGAAUUUUUAUAAACACACUCACGUGACUGACUCUUGUAUCAGCACCCUUCGAAACUUGCUUCAAUUAUCACUGCGUUGCAUGGACAUUGCAGGUUUUCAAAACAAUACCAUUUGUUUUGCAUGAGACGCUGGUGGUGCAAGGCCAAGCUAGGUUUAGCCAAGGCUCCCUCACAUGCAUAGAGACUGAGUCUGUCUUCUGGGUAAAUCCCUUGUACUACAGCAUGAGCUGGAGGUAUAUGUUGAUAGCAGGUCUGAUAAGAGAAAGGUAUAAUUGUUUUGCAGAAGAUCGCUUAAAGAUGUACUAUGCAGAAAUCGCUCUGCCAUUUCCUGGUUGUUAAAAUUGUAAUAGUUCGCCUAAUUUCAGUUUGUGACAAAACAAGCAAGUACAGUGGCUUGUGAAAAUAUUCACCCCCCUUGGCAUUUUUCCUUUUUGUUGCCUUACAACCUGGAAUUAAAAUAUUUUUUGGGGGGAUUUGUAUCAUUUGAUUUACACAUGCCUACCAUUUUGAAGAUGCAAAAUAUUUUUUAUUUUUGAAACAAACAAGAAAUAAGACCAAAAAGCAGCAAACUUGAGCGUGCAUAACUAUUCACCCCCCCCCCCCAAGUCAAUACUUUGUAGAGCCACCUUUUGCAGCAAUUACAGCUGCAAGUCUCUUGGGGUAUGUCUCUAUAAGCUUGGCAGAUCUAGCCACUGGGAGUUUUUCCCAUUCUUCAAUGCAAAACUGCUCCAGCUCCUUCAAGUUGGAUGGGUUCUGCUGGUGUACAGCAAUCUUUUAAGUCAUACCACAGAUUCUCAAUUGGAUUGAGGUCUGGGCUUUGACUAGGCCAUUCCAAGACAUUUAAAUGUUUCCCCUUAAACCACUCAAGUGUUGCUUUAGCAGUAUGCUUAGGGUCAUUGUCCUGCUAGAAGGUGAACCUCCGUCCCAGUCUCAGAUCUCUGGAAGACUGAAACCGGUUUCCCUCAAGAAUUUCUGUGUAUUUAGCGCCAUCCAUCAUUCCUUCAAUUCUGACCAGUUUCCCAGUCCCUGCCGAUGAAAAACAUCCCCACAGCAUGAUGCUGCCACCACCAUGCUUCACUGUGGGGAUGGUGUUCUCGGGGUGAUGAGAGGUGUUGGGUUUGCGGCAGACAUAGCGUUAUCCUCGAUGGCCAAAAAGCUCAAUUUUUGUCUCAUCUGACCAGAGUACCUUCUUCCAUAUGUUUGGGGAGUCUCCAACAUGCCUUUUAGCGAACACCAAACGUGUUUGCUUAUUUAUUUCUUUACGCAAUGGCUUUUUUCUGGCCACUCUUCCGUAAAGCCCAGCUCUGUGGAGUGUACGGCUUAAAGUUGUCCUAUGGACAGAUACUCCAAUCUCCGCUGUGGAGCUUUACAUCUCCUUCAGGGUUAUCUUUGGUCUCUUUGUUGCCUCUCUGAUUAAUGCCCUCCUUGCCUGGUCCGUGAGUUUUGGUGGGCGGCUCUCUCUUGGCAGUUGCUGUGGUGCCAUAUUUUUUUUGACAUUUUAAUAAUGUAUUUAAUGGCGCUCCGUGGGAUGUUCAACGUUUCUGAUAUUUUUUUAUAACCCAACCCUGAUCUGUACUUCUCCACAACUUUGUCCCUGACCUGUUUGGAGAGCUCCUUGGUCUUCAUGGUGCCGCUUGCUUGGUGGUGCCCCUUGGUUAGUGGUGUUGCAGACUCUGGGGCCUUUCAGAACAGGUGUGCAUAUAUACUGAGAUCAUGUGACAGAUCAUGUGACACUUAGAUUGCACACAGGUGGACUUUAUUUAACUAAUUAUGUGACUUCUGAAGGUAAUUGGUUGCACCAGAUCUUAUUUAGGGGCUUCUUAGCAAAGGGGGUGAAUAUUUAUUUUGUAUACGUUUUUUUUUUCAUUUCACUUCAUCAAUUUGGACUAUUUUGUGUAUGUCCAUUACAUGAAAUCGCCCCAAAAAUCAAUUUAAAUUACAGGUUGUAAUGCAAAAGAUAUUGUAAAAACGCCAAGGGGGAUGAAUACUUUUGCAAGGCACUAUACAGUGUAGAGAAUCAUUGUACCAUCUACAGGGCAGCCAACUUUUGAAGAAAGCUUAGAGUUAGAUUUGCUACAGUUGAAGUCGGAGGUUUACAUACACCUUAGCCAAAUACAUUUAAACUCAGUUUUUCACAAUUCCUGACAUUUAAUCCUAGUAAAUAUUCCCUGUCUUAGGUCAGUUAGGAUCACCACAUUAUUUUAAGAAUGUGAAAUGUCAGAAUAAUAAUAGAGAGAAUGAUUUAUUUCAGCUUUUAUUUCUUUCAUCACAUUCCAAGUGGGUCAGAAGUUUACAUACACUCAAUUAGUAUUUGGUAGCAUUGCCUUUAAAUUGUUUAACAUUUUUUACAUUUACAUUUUAGUCAUUUAGCAGACGCUCUUAUCCAGAGCGACUUACAGUUAGUGAAUACAUAUUUUUUUUAUACUUGCCCCCCGUGGGAAUCGAACCCACAACCCUGGCGUUGCAAACACCAUGCUCUAUCAACUGAGCUACAUCCCUGCCGGCCAUUCCCUCCCCUACCCUGGAUGACGCUGGGCCAAUUGUGAGUCUCCCGGUCGCGGCCGGCUGCGACAGAGCCUGGAUUCGAACCAGGAUCUCUAGUGGCACAGUUAGCACUGCGAUGCAGUGCCUUAGACCACUGCGCCACUCAGGAGUAUGGGUCAAACGUUUCGGUAGCCUUCCACAAGCUUCCCACAAUAAGUUGGGUGAAUUUUGGCCCAUUCCUCCUGACAGAGCUGGUGUAACAGUCAGGUAUGUAGGCCUCCUUGCUCGCACACGCCUUUUCAGUUCUGCCCACACAGUUUCUAUAGGAUUGAGGUCAGGGCUUUGUGAUGGCCACUCCAAUAUCUUGACUUUGUUGUCCUUAAGCCAUUUUGCCACAACUUUGGAAGUUUGCUUGGGGUCAUUGUCCAUUUGGAAGACCCAUUUGCAACCAAGCUUUAACUUCCUGACUGAUGUCUUGAGAUGUUGCUUCAAUAUAUCUACAUAAUUUUCCUUCCUCAUGAUGCCAUCUAUUUUGUGAAGUGCACCAGUCCCUCCUGCAGCAAAGCACCCCCACAGCAUAAUGCUGCCACCCCCGUGCUUCACGGUUGGGAUGGUGUUCUCUGGCUUGCAAGACCCCCUUUUUCCUCCAAACAUUACGAUGGUCAUUAUGGCCAAACAGUUCUAUUUUUGUUUCAUCAGACCAGAGGACAUUUCUCCAAAAAGUACGAUCUUUGUCCCCAUGUGCAGUUACAAACCAUAGUCUGGCUUUUUUAUGGCGGUUUUGGAGCAGUGGCUUCUUCCUUGCUGAGCGGCCUUUCAGGUUAUGUCGAUAUAGGACUUGUUUUACAGUGGAUAUAGAUACUUUUGUACCUGUUUCCUCCAGCAUCUUCACAAGGUCCUUUGCUAUUGUUCUGGGAUUGAUUUGCACUUUUCGCACCAAAGUACGUUCAUCUCUAGGAGACAGAAUGCGUCUCCUUCCUGAGCAGUAUGACGGCUGUGUGGUCCCAUGGUGUUUAUACUUGCAUACUAUUGUUUGUACAGAUGAACGUGGUACCUUCAGGCGUUUGGAAAUUGCUCCCAAGGAUGAACCAGACUUGUGGAGGUCUACAAAUGUUUUUCUGAGAUGUGCUGGCUUGGCUGAUUUUUCUUUUGAUUUUUCCCAUGAUGUCAAGCAAAGAGGCACUGAGUUUGAAGGUAGUCCUUGAAAUACAUCCACAGGUACACCUCCAAUUGACUCAAAUUAAGUCAAUUAGCCUAUCAGAAGCUUAUAAAGCAUGACAUCAUUUUCUGGAAUUUUCCAAGCUGUUUAAAGGCACAGUCAACGUAGUGCAUGUAAACUUCUGACCCACUGGAAUUGUGAUAACCGGCUUGCCAAAACUAUAGUUUGUUAACAAGAAAUGUGUGGAGUGGUUGAAAAACUAGUUUUAAUGACUCCAACCUAAGUGUAUGUGAACUUCCGACUUCAACUGUAUGUGAAUUUCAUCGGCCCCUGACACAAUCCCUAGACGGGGGAUUGGGGGUCCUCCCCCAGGAAAAUUUGACUGUUUUAAAGCUCAUUUCCUGCAUUUCUACCUAUUUUUACAUGGCUUAGGCCUAUGACCAGGGUGGAACAUUUGGUGUAUUCAGGAUUACAUUUACAAUUUAGUCAUUUAGCAGACACUCUUAUUCAGAGUGCAUACAUUUCUUUCUUUUUUUAAAUUCUUUUUUUUUUAUACUGGCCCCCCAUGGGAAUCGAACCCACAACCCUGGUGUUGCAAACACCAUGCUCUACCAACUGAGCUACAUCCCUGCCGGCCAUUCCCUCCCCUACCCUGGACGACGCUGGGCCAAUUGUGCGCCGCCCCUUGGGUCUCCCGGUCAGGACGGCUGCAACAGAGCCUGGAUUCGAACCAGGAUCUCUAGUGGCACAGCUAGCACUGCGAUGCAGUGCCUUAGACCACUGCGCCACUCGGAUGCUUUGAACAUUAAAUGAACACUCAAAAUUCGACGCCUUUGUUACUUUGCGAUUUUUGGGGGAUGAAAUGUAAAUAUGCUAAUAUUUGUUCUAACAUAUUUUUUAGGUGGUUUGACACUUUAUUCGGACAGUAAUGAAAUGAGAUUGGGAGACAGGCAAAUACUAGAGUGGGAAGGUUGGAAGCAGGGAUUGAUCCCUGUUCUUGGGUGGAAAGUUGUAUGCGACACGUGCCGGGGAUUGUUACCACUAUUAAUAUUAAUGGUUGAUGGCAGUGGGUAAAUCAUAGAUUGCAGUCACCAAACCUUCAAGAAAAAUGUAAUAUUCAGGUGGUUUAUGCCUACUAGUUGAAGAUCCUUGCCAUCCUCUUACUCUACAUAGCCAAACAUGAUGUGUUUAUGAGUUGAGUCCCCCUACCAUCUCUGCCUAGCAUGUGCACAAUACUAAAAUGUCCCCAAAAAUAUUUGAUUCCUGGAGCAUUUAAUACCCAAUGCUUAUUUGUAUGACAAAACUGUCCAUGAAUGGCUGCAAAUACAUAGCCUCAUAUAAUUCAUUUUCAAAGACACAAGUAGGCAUAUCAAAUUUCAAAUAUGUGAUUACACUGGUAAAAUUGGGAAGAAGUGGAAUAAUAAAAUAAGUGUGGGGAAUAACAGUAGUGUUCUUGCUGACAAGCUCAGUAAUUACCCUAUAUUUUAGCCCAUUGUUAAGAAUGAGAAUUGUUCCACUGAACAGACUAAAUAAAGUAAAUAGCUAAUCUACUGAAGACAAGAUUACAUAAAUCUGCCCCUACACUCUACCCAAAUGUAUUUUUAUAUUUAUUGUCCCCACUCUAGAAUUAAACUUACACUUUUGGGUUCACAAUCUGUUUGACAAAAUUAUUUUCAUAGUUACACAUCAGGUCACCCUACCAAACUUCCCUGCUAAAACAUACUGUCUGCUGACUUUUCGUUGUCACAGCCUAAAUGCCAAUCACCAAACAAGGGGACUAAUGCUAGUGUGGAUUAAAUCGACUUUAGUACAUGCUGUCAAAAGGCUGCAUUCUGAAAUAGGUACGGGAGUAACAGCAAACUGAUUUUGUUGACAACAUUGUACAUAAAACAGCACUGCCGUGCUGCUCAUUUUUACAGUUUUAUAAACUCAGCGGAGACCAUUCUCUCUCCAUUCACCUCCACUCUAAUCUUGAGGGGCAUUUCUUUAUAACAUGCAUCCAAUCCCCUUGAUCCUUUACAUAACUAGACCAAUCAUAUGCUUCAAUGUGCCGCGGUAAAAUAGGGUGAUGAUAGAGAUUCCACUCGUGAUGUUAAAUUUCAGGCGCAGAUGCUCAGAUUUCAAAAUGAUUUGGAACACAGUUGAAAAAUGAAAGUAGUACUUUUCAGUGCGUGAGAUAUGAGGUGUGCCGUGAGAGUGUGAGAUGAGGGUCAAAUGCGUGUCUCACGGCCAAUGCAUGAGAGUUGGCAGCUCUGCAUCUAAACUGGUAUGAAAUAUAUUUUCCAUAACCAAAAAUAUUGUAUUUUCAGCUGUUUGAAGCUGGUGUAUAAACCCAAAGUAAAAGACGCAAAAACAAAACGUAAGAGCGGCAAUCAUAGAAAUAGCGCACAACCGAUCUACUGCUUCUUAGACUUGCUUUCAAUGCGAAUGACAGAUCUAUAACACACAUUUCUAUGUGAAUUUGGUCAGGUCGCCCAAAAAGUUACAUAUUGCAACUUUAAUCAUACUCUAGUUAAAAGUAUCUCUCUCCUUUCUCUCUCUGCCUCUCCUUUCUCAAUUGUUUUCUUCAGUCGGAGCAGCAACAGCGGCAGCAGCAGGCGGAGCGUGAUCACCACGAGGAGAGGAAGAAGCUGAGGAGGUCUGCAGGACACCUGUCGAGUGAGAGAGGCAGGGGUAGAGGUAGAGGCGGAUUUAGAGGGAGGGGCGGGAGUAGAGGGAGGGGCGGGAGUAGAGGCAGAGGAGGGAGUAGAGGCAGGGGGCACUACUGAGGUAGAGGCAGGGGUAGCUGAACUACUCUCAGGGACAAUACUGAGAUGAAGUAGCCCAAAGUCAAAUGAGUCAUGUCUUUUGUACAGCUACUCACAGCCAUUUCCCAACCUAAUUUAUAAUAGAAUGAAACUUUGUUACCGUCUGGGAAUCAAGAGUUUGUGAUACAAAAGUGACCUGACCGAUUGUGACCUGCCCUAUAACUCAGUUAUGAAGAUAUGUUGGUGGAGCUGCUAUGAAAGGAUACAAUGUGUAUUAUCUAUUGCGUGCAAAAUGGUGUGAUUGUGUGGUGUAUGCAGUUUGUGCAUGCGCGUAUUUGUGUCCGUUUGUGUGUCCGUGAGAAGCUCCUGACCUUCACUGUCUUCUUUUUCACUUCACAAUCCUCAUUUUCCUCUAGUGCAGACAAAACACAUCUGUAUUAUGCGCUGUGCCUGACCCAUAAACUCUUUCUACUAAACUUAUAUCUCCCUGGUCUGUGUUAUGUUCUUAUAGUAGCCUCAUGGUCGCUGGAAGCAGCUAUCCAAAAAUAAGUCCAACAAUUGGACACACUGAGUCACUGACUCGUUCCAUUCUCCGAAGAGAUGCAUGCAUCUCUAAAUUAAUUACAGGUGAAGCCUCAGUUGUAUGGGUAAAGUAAUUGUUUUUAUAAACUGACAUACCAUUUAUAAGGAUUAGCACCCAAUAAUGAAUGUCUGUCCACUUGCAUGACCAACAACUCUGAAAGGCUUCACAAACCUCUUUUACUUCCUUGGUAUGACAUAACACUUUCUGUGGAUAUCAAACGGCCACCAUUUCACUCCAGUCCAGAAAGAUGGAAAAAGAAAGGAGGGAAGAGAAAACAAAGAGGUGAAGAAAAGUCCUGGGAACAUGGAUCCCCAAUUCUUGGAAGCAGCUUUCUCAGUUUGGCCUCCCAUUCACACAUGGCUGGGCCCUCCUGUCUCCUUUAAUCCUGCCCUGGCCCUUUUGAAAUGGCAUGAGGUGCCGUCCAAUUCACCCCGACCCACUCCCUAAAACACUGCUGCCUGGGACCCCAAAUCAUGAUGCUUUAGGCCAGGGGUGUCAAACUCAUUUUGCCAUGCUCAUUUGACUUUGCCCAAAUUAUCGCGAGUGGAGUAUGACAUACAAAUGUAAUCCAAAGAUUAUAGGAUGUCUAAAGAAAGUUAAAGCUGUUCAUUCUAGUUUCCAUUGUUGGUUGCUGCAGAGUGGGAUGCAUAACAAAGAAAGGAUAACAGUGCAUUUACUAAAAUGUCCAAGUUAUGCAAGCAUAUCUCAAGAUUCAAUGGUAUGAUUCAAAAGGAAGGCCUUGACCAUACCACUAGUCAUGUGUGUAGUAAACUGUGAGAAAUAGAGGGCAGUCGGAGACUAUAUGGCAGGGCUAUCCAACCCUGUUCCUGGAGAGCUACUGUCCUGUAGGUUUUCACGCCAAUUCUAAUCUAGCACACCUGAUUCUAAUAAUUAGCUGGUUGAUCAGGCUGAAUCAGGUUAGUUACAACUGGGGUUGGAGUGAAAACCUACAGGAAGAUAGCUCUCCAGGAACAGGGUUAGAUAGAAAUAAGGAGGGAUCUUGAGUGUUUCUUAUUGUGUUUGGGAAGAAAAGAGGGAAAGAAAGUGAGAGUGAGAGGGUGACUGCGUGUCACCACCAGUCAUACAGUGCCUUGCAAAAGUAUUCAUCCCCCUUGGCAUUUUUCCUAUGUUGUUGCAUUACAACCUGUAAUUUAAAUGGAUUUUUAUUUGGAUUUUUAAUGUAUUGGACAUACAAAAAUAGUCCAAAUUGGUGAAGUGAAAUUAAAAAAUAACUUGUUUCAAGAAAUUCUAAAAAAUAAAUAAUGGAAAAGUGGUGCGUGCAUAUGUAUUCACCCCCUUCGCUAUGAAGCCCCUAAAUAAGAUCUGGUGCAACCAAUUACCUUCAGAAGUCACAUAAUUAGUUAAAUAAAGUAAAUAUGUGUGCAAUCUAAGUGUCACAUGAUCUCAGUAUAUAUGCACCUGUUCUGAAAGGCCCCAGAGUCUGCAACACCACUAAGCAAGGGGCACCACCAAGCAAGCGGCACCAUGAAGACCAAGGAGCCCUCCAAACAGGUCAGGGACAAAGUUGUGGAGAAGUACUGAUCAGGGUUGGGUUAUAAAAAAAUGUCUGAAACUUUGAACAUCCCACAGAGCACCAUUUAAAUCCAUUAUUUAAAAAUGGAAAGAAUAUGGCACCACAACAAACCUGCCAAGAGAGGGCCGCCCACCAAAACUCACGGACCAGGCAAGGAGGGCAUUAAUCAGAGAGGCAACAAAGAGACCAAAGAUAACCCUGAAGGAGCUGCAAAGCCAAAAGGCAUGUGGGAGACUCCCCAAACAUAUGGAAGAAGGUACUCUGGUCAGAUGAGACUAAAAUUGAGCUUUUUGGCAAUCAAGGAAAACGCUAUGUCUGGCGCAAACCCAACACCUCUCAUCACCCAGAGAACACCAUCCCCACAGUGAAGCAUGGUGGUGGCAGCAUCAUGCUGUGGGGAUGUUUUUCAUCGGCAGGGACUGGGAAACUAGUCAGAAUUGAAGGAAUGAUGGAUGGCGCUAAAUACAGGGAAAUUCUUGAGGGAAACUUGUUUCAGUCUUCCAGAGAUCUGAGACUGGGACGGAGGUUCACCUUCUAGCAGGACAAUGACCCUAAGCAUACUGCUAAAGCAACACUUGAGUGGUUUAAGGGGAAACAUUUAAUGUAUUGGAAUGGCCUAGCCAAGCCCAGACCUCAAUCCAAUUGGAAUCUGUGGUAUGGACUUAAAGAUUGCUGUACACCAGCGGAACCCAUCAACUUGAAGGAGCUGGAGCAGUUUUGCCUUAAAGAAUGGGCAAAAAUCCAGUGGCUAUACAGUGUGGAAAAAAAGUAUUUAGUCAGCCACCAAUUGUGCAAGUUCUCCCACUUAAAAAGAUGAGAGAGGCCUGUAAUUUUCAUCAUAUGUACACGUCAUCUAUGACAGACAAAAUUAGAAAAAAAAUCCAGAAAAUCACAUUGUAGGAUUUUUUAUGACUUUAUAUGCAAAUUAUGGUGGAAAAUAAGUAUUUGGUCAAUAACAAAAGUUUCUCAAUACUUUGUUAUAUACCCUUUGUUGGCAAUGACACAGGUCAAACGUUUCUGUAAGUCUUCACAAGGUUUUCACUCACUGUUGCUGGAAUUUUGGCCCAUUCCUCCAUGCAGAUCUUCUCUAGAGCAGUGAUGUUUUGGGGCUGGUCGCUGGGCAACACGGACUUUCAACUCCCUCCAAAGAUUUUCUAUGGGGUUGAGAUCUGGAGACUGGCUAGGCCACUCCAGGACCUUGAAAUGCUUCUUACGAAGCCACUCCUUCGUUACCCGGGCGGUGUGUUUGGGAUCAUUGUCAUGCUGAAAGACCCAGCCACGUUUCAUCUUCAAUGCCCUUGCUGAUGGAAGGAGGUUUUCACUCAAAAUCUCACGAUACAUGGCCCCAUUUAUUCUUUCCUUUACACGGAUCAGUCGUCCUGGUCCCUUUGCAGAAAAACAGCACCAAAGCAUGAUGUUUCCAUCCCCAUGCUUCACAGUAGGUAUGGUGUUUUUUGGAUGCAACUCAGCAUUCUUUGUCCUCCAAACACGACGAGUUGAGUUUUUUACCAAAAAGUUCUAUUUUGGUUUCAUCUGACCAUAUGACAUUCUCCCAAUCCUCUUCUGGAUCAUCCAAAUGCACUCUAGCAAACUUCAGACGGGCCUGGACAUGAACUGGCUUAAGCAGGGGGACACGUCUGGCACUGCAGGAUUUGAGUCCCUGGCGGCGUAGUGUGUUACUGAUGGUAGGCUUUGUUACUUUGGUCCCAGCUCUCUGCAGGUCAUUCACUAGGUCCCCCCGUGUGGUUCUGGGAUUUUUGCUCACCGUUCUUGUGAUCAUUUUGACCCCACAGGGUGAGAUCUUGCGUGGAGCCCCAGAUCGAGGGAGAUUAUCAGCGGUCUUGUAUGUCUUCCAUUUCCUAAUAAUUGCUCCCACAGUUGAUUUCUUUAAAUCAAGCUGCUUACCUAUUGCAGAUUCAGUCUUCCCAGCCUGGUGCAGGUCUACAAUUUUGUUUCUGGUGUCCUUUGACAGCUCUUUGGUCUUGGCCAUAGUGGAGUUUGGAGUGUGACUGUUUGAGGUUGUGGACAGGUGUCUUUUAUACUGAUAACAAGUUCAAACAGGUGCCAUUAAUACAGGUAACGAGUGGAGGACAGAGGAGCCUCUUAAAGAAGAAGUUACAGGUCUGUGAGAGCCAGAAAUCUUGCUUGUUUGUAGGUGACCAAAUACUUAUUUUUCACCAUAAUUUGCAAAUAAAUUCAUAAAAAAUCCUACAAUGUGAUUUUCUGGAUUAUUUUUUCUCCAUUUGUCUGUCAUAGUUGACGUGUACCUAUGAUGAAAAUUACAGGCCUCUCUCAUCUUUUUAAGUGGGAGAACUUGCACAAUUGGUGGCUGACUAAAUACUUUUUUUCCCCACUGUAUGUGCCAAGUUUAUACAGACAUACCCCAAGAGACUUGCAGCUGUAAUUCUGCAAAAGGUGGUUCUACAAAGUACUGACUUUGCGUGGGUGAAUAGUUAUGCACGCUCAAGUUUUCUGUUUUUCUGUCUUAUUUCUUGUUUGUUUCAGAAUAAAAAAUAUGUUGCCUCUUCGAAGUGGUAGGCAUAUUCUGGAAAUCAAAUGAUACAAACCCCCCAAAAAAUCAAUUUUAAUUCCAGGUUGUAAGGCAACAAAAUAGGAAAAAUGCCAAGGGGGGUGAAUAGUUUCGCAAGCCACUGUACUACGUUAGAGGCUCAUUCAAGCCAUCAGCUGGGAUGCUACAAAGUGAACUUUGGUUGUGUUUGUCAUUUGAUAACUUAUCCUCGGACAGCAAACUACCGACUGAUGGGGAAUGGUUAGUCUAUCUGUCUCAGGUCUGGAGUUUUUUAAAUUUUGGACAUCAAAAAUUCCAAUUUUUAAAAAUUUUAAUCACUUUUCCCCAAAAUUCGAAAAAAUAAAAAAGUGGUGCAUUUAAACCUUGGCAGGAAAAAACUCCCAAAAAAACCUAGAAAAAAAGAAAAACAUAGGGGGGGUUUUCCCCCCUUCGGCUUUCCGGGGGGUUUAAAGCCACCAAAGAUGCAAAACCCAACAAGGACCAAGCAGGUCAAUUAAAAAUCCUCCCUUUAGCCAAUAUAAGAGUUGAAAACAGCGGUUGGUAAAAAAAGCGAAUUUGACAUAAGCCCAUUAAUCCAUAUUAAAGGAAAGAAAUGGCAAAAAAUCCCAAAGGCCGCACACCAAAAUCACGGCACGGGGGCUUUCAGGGGGGAAGUCCCGAAGAGCUCAAAGCCAGGCCUGUGGAGCCCCCAAUAUUCUGGUCAUGAGACUAAAAGAGCGGGUUGGCAAUCAGGGAAAACGCUAUGUCGGGCGCAAACCCAACCCUCCAUCACCCAGAGAACACCAUCCCAGUUAAAGCAGUUUGGGUGUCAGAUCAGGUGUGGGGAUGUUUUCAUCGCGGGGGACGGGGAAAACUAGUCAGAAUGAGGAAUGAUGGAUGGCGCUAAAUACAGGGAAUUCUUGAGGGAAACCUUGUUUCAGGUCUUACCGCGAUCAGAUGGCACGGAGGUUCCCUUCUACAGGACAAUGGCCCAAGAAUCCGCUAAAGCAACCUUGAGAAGGGUUUAAGGGGAAACAUUUAAAUGGUUUGGAAUGGCCCUAGUCAAAGCCCAGACCUCAAUCCAAUUGAGAAUCUGUGGUAUGACUUAAAGAUUGCUGUACACCAGCGGAACCCAUCCAACUUGAAGGAGCUGGAGCAGUUUUGCCUUAAAGAAUGGGCAAAAAUCCCAGUGGCUAUACAGUGUGGAAAAAAAGUAUUUAGUCAGCCACCAAUUGUGCAAGUUCUCCCACUUAAAAAGAUGAGAGAGGCCUGUAAUUUUCAUCAUAUGUACACGUCAUCUAUGACAGACAAAAUUAGAAAAAAAAUCCAGAAAAUCACAUUGUAGGAUUUUUUAUGACUUUAUAUGCAAAUUAUGGUGGAAAAUAAGUAUUUGGUCAAUAACAAAAGUUUCUCAAUACUUUGUUAUAUACCCUUUGUUGGCAAUGACACAGGUCAAACGUUUGUCUGUAAGUCUUCACAAGGUUUUCACUCACUGUUGCUGGAAUUUUGGCCCAUUCCUCCAUGCAGAUCUUCUCUAGAGCAGUGAUGUUUUGGGGCUGUCGCUGGGCAACACGGACUUUCAACUCCCUCCAAAGAUUUUCUAUGGGGUUGAGAUCUGGAGACUGGCUAGGCCACUCCAGGACCUUGAAAUGCUUCUUACGAAGCCACUCCUUCGUUACCCGGGCGGUGUGUUUGGGAUCAUUGUCAUGCUGAAAGACCCAGCCACGUUUCAUCUUCAAUGCCCUUGCUGAUGGAAGGAGGUUUUCACUCAAAAUCUCACGAUACAUGGCCCCAUUUAUUCUUUCCUUUACACGGAUCAGUCGUCCUGGUCCCUUUGCAGAAAAACAGCACCAAAGCAUGAUGUUUCCAUCCCCAUGCUUCACAGUAGGUAUGGUGUUUUUUGGAUGCAACUCAGCAUUCUUUGUCCUCCAAACACGACGAGUUGAGUUUUUACCAAAAAGUUCUAUUUUGGUUUCAUCUGACCAUAUGACAUUCUCCCAAUCCUCUUCUGGAUCAUCCAAAUGCACUCUAGCAAACUUCAGACGGGCCUGGACAUGAACUGGCUUAAGCAGGGGGACACGUCUGGCACUGCAGGAUUUGAGUCCCUGGCGGCGUAGUGUGUUACUGAUGGUAGGCUUUGUUACUUUGGUCCCAGCUCUCUGCAGGUCAUUCACUAGGUCCCCCCGUGUGGUUCUGGGAUUUUUGCUCACCGUUCUUGUGAUCAUUUUGACCCCACAGGGUGAGAUCUUGCGUGGAGCCCCAGAUCGAGGGAGAUGAUCAGCGGUCUUGUAUGUCUUCCAUUUCCUAAUAAUUGCUCCCACAGUUGAUUUCUUUAAAUCAAGCUGCUUACCUAUUGCAGAUUCAGUCUUCCCAGCCUGGUGCAGGUCUACAAUUUUGUUUCUGGUGUCCUUUGACAGCUCUUUGGUCUUGGCCAUAGUGGAGUUUGGAGUGUGACUGUUUGAGGUUGUGGACAGGUGUCUUUUAUACUGAUAACAAGUUCAAACAGGUGCCAUUAAUACAGGUAACGAGUGGAGGACAGAGGAGCCUCUUAAAGAAGAAGUUACAGGUCUGUGAGAGCCAGAAAUCUUGCUUGUUUGUAGGUGACCAAAUACUUAUUUUUCACCAUAAUUUGCAAAUAAAUUCAUAAAAAAUCCUACAAUGUGAUUUUCUGGAUUAUUUUUUCUCAAUUUGUCUGUCAUAGUUGACGUGUACCUAUGAUGAAAAUUACAGGCCUCUCUCAUCUUUUUAAGUGGGAGAACUUGCACAAUUGGUGGCUGACUAAAUACUUUUUUUCCCCACUGUAUGUGCCAAGUUUAUACAGACAUACCCCAAGAGACUUGCAGCUGUAAUUCUGCAAAAGGUGGUUCUACAAAGUACUGACUUUGCGUGGGUGAAUAGUUAUGCACGCUCAAGUUUUCUGUUUUUCUGUCUUAUUUCUUGUUUGUUUCAGAAUAAAAAAUAUGUUGCUUCUUCGAAGUGGUAGGCAUAUUCUGGAAAUCAAAUGAUACAAACCCCCCAAAAAAUCAAUUUUAAUUCCAGGUUGUAAGGCAACAAAAUAGGAAAAAUGCCAAGGGGGGUGAAUAGUUUCGCAAGCCACUGUACUUACGUUAGAGGCUCAUUCAAGCCAUCAGCUGGGAUGCUACAAAGUGAACUUUGGUUGUGUUUGUCAUUUGAUAACUUAUCCUCGGACAGCAAACUACCGACUGAUGUGGGAAUGGUUAGUCUAUCUGUCUCAGGUCUGGACAGCUGGUGACGCUUGUAGAUUUUUGUCAGGGUCUUCUUUUUUGCUCUGCAAAACCAUCACCAUGGAUACGCCAGAUCUAGGCCACAGGAAGUGGGUCAGGUUAAGUUGGCACUUCCUCUAGCACGUCAAUCUUUUUCCAAGAAAUUACAAAGAAAGGAAAACGCCGGGGUAACCAAUAGGAUGCAUUUCAGUUUAGGCUGUCUAAAAUUUGCUCAGAUCAUUGCAUUGAAUUCCCCAUGCUCCAAUGAAUUGAGAUGCUUACUAACUCAAAUGCUUUAUUAUGUAAACUAAGAUCACAGUUGGGAUGUAGCUCCUUGAAUAAACCUUUAAAAGAGCUUCCAAAAAACUUGUGAAAGGUUGUUUCACCACAAUCCCAUCAUUAGUGUAUUGAUUGAUUGAGUCCCCAAAUCAUGAUAUUUAUUCAUCUUGAACUACCGCCACUGACUCAUUCACGGCACAGCACAGCAAGACGAGCAGUAACUUACUCAGACCAGACAUUAAGAGCUCUUCAAUUUUGCAUUGAGGCAACCAAAAUGGGAAUUUGGGUUGUCUCAAAGGCCAGGUCUGACCCAGUAUGCACUGCUUCUGCGGGCCACAGCAGCCCAGACAAAAGGAGCCGAGGUGGGGCUGCUUUUACAGAGUAAUCCCCUCCACUGUGUAAUUGAAUGGGCCGCCCUGAGAAGCAAUCACACGCAAGUCACCAUCUGAGCUCUGACGUGGGGUUAGGGAGGGGACCAUGGCCUUACAUGGGUUAGAGUGAAGAGCAGGGGCCAGGGGAGAGGGUGAAUUCUAGGAAAAAUAUUUUUUAAAUAUUCUGACUGCUUUUUGACCCUGGGUAGUAUUUUCCUCAUCACUUGACCAAUCUUUGUCAGUGCUUUCAAAGACAGGUCCUCAGGGGCAUAUGGAGACUUUAAUUGGUUUAAUGAGCAAUCCAGGGUUCAAAUGACAGGGGUGCUCUGGUGUUGCUUUCUUGGCAAGCCUGUGCCCUAGUAACAUAAUAGCAGUGACAUUGUGUGGGAACAUUGGGACUCCAAAUAAUUAACUGUGUAGCCUAAUUAUGCUGAUACUGUACAUGUGUGGACAAAUCCCCAUGGGGCCCGAUUCUGACUUAGGAAUUUAUGCCUUUCCUAUGCACGCCUUUCCUACACACUUCUCAGUAUUUGGUAUUAAGACUUACCUUAAUCAGUCACAUAACGUGCUCUGCAGGUGUGGCUACCUUGCGCACUCUGAAUACAUUUAAUUCAACCACUGAAAACCCUCCCACUUGCUGGCCAACAGAUUUUCUUGUGGAGUGUUCAUUCAUUAGGGUUUUCAGUACAUUUAUCUUAAGCCAUCCCUUUAAAUAUAGUGUACCUUUUUUUAUUUUUUAUUUUGUCGACAGACUAGAAUAUAUCAAGAGAACGGGUUCAGAAUAGUAGGGAUCAAUGAAAGAAAGCCAUCUAAAUAUAUGUAUAUUCGUCUCCGUUUCAGCAGCAAUUGAUAGAUUUGAAAAUACUCUGAUCUUGUAGAUUAUUUAGGUUUAGGAAAGUAUUAUAUAUAUUUAUGAAUCAUAAAAACAGGUUUGGAGAGCCUUUACACACGAAAGAAAGAAAACGGUGGUUUGAUUAAUUCCAAAAAUUGCCACAUUCAGUUCUUCAACCCAUGAUAUGUUGGAAUGUUGGAAGAUGAGUGUACAUAGAAUUAUAAUGGGGAGAAUAGUGUACAAUAGUAGGCUAUACCCUCGUCUAUUGCCUGCACUAACCAUGGAACUGUGUGAUGACACGGCCAAGUACUGCGCCAUGCGUCCGGUUCAAACUGUUACAGCUUGGUCUGCGCUCCGCUCCAUAACGAUUUAAUUAGCCUACGCGGUUUUUUUUAAUAUUAUGAACUGUUGCCUCACGGCCGUGACAGCAUUUACAGAGGAAGCAAAUGAAGGUAAACAAAACGAUGUAAUUAAAUGGAAUGAUAAUGUAGGCUAUACCAAUUGAAGGGAACUAACAGUAAAUUGGCAGGAGAAUGUGUGGUUAUAUGAGGCCUUCUGACGGUCGAUACUGAUAGUGGCUAAUAUUUAACAUGAUAAAAAUAGGAAACAGAGAAAGUAGGGGUAGCCUAUAAUUAAGACAUUUGAGGGUGCCCAUCCCUGCAAGAUAAAAGGCUGUACAAUUUAAAUUCUGCAUAAUGGCACAGCAUUUCAUAAACUUUACUGUGGGAAAGUUGAUAUGCUUCAGUUUGCUGCCAUAUGACUGGUUUCACAUUUGUCUCCCGCGAUUAUAAGGUAAAAUAUAUCUAAAACAAGUGUCAUUUAUGUCUACAAUUCCCUUAUCCAAAUGCAUUACUUAUUUACCUAGCUCUUAUCAAUAGCUCUUAUCAAGUUGUAAAUUACAGUGCAUGGAGAAUGGUGUUAUUUCUAUCUGGGGAAAAAAUAAAGUAGAUGCUUUAUCCACGUGGAACCGGUAGGUUCACUAGACCUUAAUCAUGGUUUCCUCGGGCGUAAAGGUGGUGGAAUUAUUAGGGAAUGAAGUCAAGGUCUGAAUACAGCGUAUCUGUAGACACACCUUCAUUUAUUCGAUCUCCACCCAAAAAGCACGCUAUUCUCAUGCUUAAAUUCAAGGUCAGAAUAUGCAUAGAGAAAAGUGCAUAAAAAGGCAACUACGUUCCAUUUACACAAGCUUAACUUGGGUCGGAAUCGGGCGGGCCCCAAGUGAAUGUCUUCCAAGACUUUAAAAACACAAUUCAUCAAGAGAGGGAGAUGCUUUCAAAUGCUUUUAUGGAAGAAAACACUUACCCUUUCUUAAUCUCUCUCUCUCGUCUCAACUCCUCCUCUUCCAGAAUGAUGGGUGGAGCAAAAUGUGCUGAUGCGGGGCAUUUUUCCCUACUUUCCCACAUGGCAUGUGGAUGGAGAGAAUGAUCUCACUGCUGUCUUGGCAUCUCUCCUACCUCAGCUGCUGCCUUCCUCCCUCCAUCGCAGCUAGAGGACCCAGACAGCUCGACCUUUAUGAACCGUUAA